ACUCGUUUGAUCAUACGCCGGAAGUUUAGUUGACAUUUCUAAAGUGGUGGGACAGGUCGAAUAUGAAUUCAUUGGAAUUAAACCGUAAUGGAAUAGUGGAGUUACAUUAAAGAAACGGAAUAUCGUAAGCGCAGGCCAAAGGAGAUGGCUUAUCAGCCAAGAGAGAUGCAAUACCUGCCAAGAGAUGUGCAAUACUCUCAGCGAGAAUUGAGCUACCCUGCGAGGGAACCGGCUCUUCCAGUCCCGGAGCCAGGCUACCAGCAGCAACAGCCUCAACAUGCAUACCCGUCACCCAGUCUUUCACAACGGAGUCGCAGGAGCGAGCACUCACAGUCACAAAAAAGUAGGCACAGUCGAGCUUCCAUGCGCAGUUCGAAUGGGAUUCCAGAUAUGGAAACACGUAAUUUGGAAGCAUCACAUAUCAUUGACCAACUGAAGAAAGAGAUUGUGUUCCUAACAGGUGGGCGUGACAGACAAGGGGGACCACUCUUGAUAUUUCCCCCUCAUAGAGAUGAAUAUUUCUUGCCAAAUGACAUCACAGCAUGUUUGAAAUAUCUCUUUCAAAUACCAAGUGAGGAAUCAAGGAGGCGAGGGUUCACGGCUAUUAUAGACAGCAGAGAUGGUUCUUGGUCUAACUUGGUCACAGUUCUUGGCUGUCUUAAGCAAUCAUUAGGUGAUUACCUGAAACAAGUGCUUGUACUAAAGACUGACGGGAUGGGACCACGGCAGACCAGUAGCAGUAGUUUCCGUCGUGAUAAAGGUCAUAACAUAGAGCCACAAUUUAUCAACCUGAAUAGACUGUAUACAUAUGUAGAUCGCAAUCAACUUAUAGGAAGUAUGAGUGGCACUCUUAUGUAUCAUCAUUCAUACUGGCUACAAAAUAGACUGGACUUGGAAAAAUUUCUACGGGAAGCCAAAGCAGUAGCAUCUCAUUUAGACACUUCUGAAUCCGAGAUUGGUUUCCAGCAGCGUAACCAGGGACCAGACUCGCAAAUAAGUCCAAUAGAGGCUUUACAUCAACAUAGGUUCUUCCAAGAUUCCAUUCUGUCAGUGCCAAACCAGGCCCUUAGUCAAGGUCAGGAAUUGCUACAGAAGUUACAGCAAUACAGUGACGUAGCUAUGCGAGGGGAGGAGUCCGUAACAACCCUCGACAACCUCGAGGCCCAGAAACAGGUUAAACGUUUGAUUCAGUAUAUAGAGAGUCGAGUUGAGAAAAUUCGUGCAUACCUCGAGGACAGAGACAUGACUUUAAACGUAGAGGUUCAGAGGGAUUCAGUACAGCGAGAAAUAAGACAGGUUGUUGAUUGGAUAUUAGGACCAGGGGAGAAAUUACUGGCCUCCCAGUCUGAUAUAGGGGACUCGUACGAAACAGCAGAAGUUUUGAGAAAAAGACAUGAAGAAUUAGAAAUCAAAUGCACAGAUACAUACGGUCAUUAUGCAGAACUUCGCCAUCGUGCCGAGGAUUUGUUUGAUGCACGAGCCAAGUACACAGAUGACAUUCGUGCACAACGUGACUACAUGGACACAGUCUGUAGAAGCUUUGCAAGUAGAUUAGAAAGGCGGAGAACCCUUCUAAUAACGUCUGUCAGAUUCCAUAGGUUAACUGAAGAGUUUUCACGAAAACUGGAUGACCUGUUGGAGAUAUUGUAUAAUGACAAGGAAGCAGACACUGUUGAGGCAGCACAAGAAGCACUAGAACUGUUGAAGGAAAGAGUUGAUGCUAUAGAUUUAUCUGCCAGUCGAGCGAUGCAAGAUGGCCACAGUUUAUUGGAUGAAAUGUCUCGACCAAUCAAAAAUGCCUCUGGUAAGGAUAUAUCACCGGAUUACGCCGGUCAGAUCAAACAUGUGAAUCAGCGUUUAGAGGAGUUACAAGAGAGGAAGAUGAGAUGUGAUGACCUAGCCGAAGUUAGAAAACUUAAACUGCAGCAAAUAUUACAGCUACGCACUUGUGAAAAAGAUGCAGAACAGGCUAUCAGUUGGAUAGUGGAGUUAUGUGAUGUUAUGUUGAAGACACAAACACAUAUAGGUCAGUCGCCACAGGAAAUUGACAGCUUACAGGAGGAGCACCGCCAGGUGGAGACGACAGCAGGGGGAACCUAUGAGUACGGCAAGCAGUUGCUACAAGCUGCACUGGUGCUGCGCCGCUCGCUUCGUAUGGAGCUCGAACCCAAUACCAUUCUAGUGCAUCGGCUAGAGGAGGCAUGGAAACGGUUCUCAAUGGGUAACAAUGAACGCGCCAACCGCCUUAAUGUGGCAUCCAUGUUUUUAGCUCAGUCAGAUAAGCUUUUGGAAAGAGUAGAACAACUAAUGGUUGUUGUAGCGCAGACAUUAACGGGGGAUAUAUCUGUACGUGAUGCCUUGAUGCGGUUCGGCCCGGAGAAAGGUGAAGUUGAGAAGGAGGUUCAAGAUACAAGUAGAAUGGGGAGCGCUCUGUUGGAGCGACUUGCACUUCCGGUCAUUGUGAUUGACGGGUCAGGGGUAGAGCGCACUAUCUGGCCAGACAGUUUGGAGAAAAAGCUUAGUACUGAAGAUCAGAGUGCCUCCGAAUCUAUAAAUAGCCGGCUACGUAAAAUGGACCAUAAGAUGUCCGAAUUGAACAGGUUCUGGUCAGAGAUGGAGAAAACUGGUCAACCACCUUCUGUAACUCCCAAAAUAUCAAAGUCUGCAGCUAUACAGUCUAUUCCAUUAGACCAAGGUCAGAGGUCAGCAACCUUGCCAAGUAGGACUCAGUCGCAAAGAGGUCAGAAAUCUCAAACUCUUCCCAAAAGGUCAUCUCUAGGACAACCAGGUUAUGGAAGCAGUGCUAGUAAACAAGACAUUCCUAAGAGAAUAAGAAAGGGACCCAUUUCAAAACAUGAUAGUUUAAGACGUAGAACCGCAGAAAUGCAACAAAGUCAAGAUCAAAGGUCAAGACCAAGUGAUCAAGCUGAUUCAGGAUUGACCAAUGGCCAUUAUGUGGGUCAGGUACAAAAUAAACAGGAAAAUAUUCCCAGUUCUGAGUCACAGCCACAUGUUAGUCAGUCAUAUUACCCUAAAUCAGAAGACUUUUCACGACAUGUUCCACCAUCAAGUUAUUCGUAUAAACACACAAGUGAUCAGCCAAUGGAGGUUUACCGGGAACCGUCACCUCAACCGGAAAAUAGUUACGCGUACACAAUACCUUCAUCAGAGCAAUCUUACACACAGCCGGAGCAUGUAGGAUAUUACCAAGAACUGUCACAACCGGAGCCAAGUGUUCAAGCAAAUAUAGAAGAACAAAUUUUACCUGAUAUUAGUAGAUCUGUGCAUUCACAAUACAAACCAGAUUCUCAACCGGACUCUUUUCAAUCAGAAUCAUCAAGACAGUAUCAACCGAAAGAGUCAAAUUUAACAAAACCAUUGUCUGAACAUGAUAGGAAACAAAAUUCUAUGUCUUCUGAAUCAGACACAGAUAUGUCUAAACGUUCUGCGGCUUUCAUGAUUCCAGAUACUUUACCGAUAUCUAAAAGCCAACCGGAUAUAAAGAAACACGAUGUACCACCAAAAGUUGAUAUCAUGCCUAAAGUGCGAAUAUCGAGACGGGCGGACAGUCCUCCGAAAAGUUUCCAAGAAUUAUUAACAAAAUUUCAGACUGGUGAAACAGAAUCAAAACCUGUUGAAACUAAAGAAGAGGUUCAGAAAGAAAUAAGUCAAGCAUUAAAAUCCCGUGCCAAGUAUUUGGAUGAUGAGUUGAAAGUGUCGGACAAAGAACAAAAACCAAACCUUCAACGAGAAAUGGAAGAGUGUGGAGAAUGGAUUCGAGUGCGUGUACAUCAGAUGGAGCCAGACCUGAUGGAGGUCGGCUCUAAUCUAGAGGAAGCUCUCCAAUUACAGACUGAACAUGACCAAUUAUUGUCCAAACUACAAGCCAAAGAAGAAGAGAUUAAACAACUCCUGUCGCGAGCAGAUAGUUACGCCGCUGAGAACCGGUCUGAGGCCGUUGUAUACUCUGCGAUGUCGGACACUCUCGCUGAAGCGUGGAGGGAUCUCAACGACAAAUUGCAAUAUAGGAAACAACUACUAACUGAUAGCGUCACAUUCCAUCAGAAAGCCAGAACUUUCGAAUCGCAGAUGGAACAAGCCCAGAGUCGGUUUGCCAGCCUGCCAUUAGCUACUGAUGUGGACUCAGCACGCAGACAGUUACAUCAACAUCAAGAAAUCAAACAAGACAUACUCGAAGCAUCGAAAUCCACCCUUGAUUUAGGCCACGCCCUGCUUGAUCGAAUCAAGGAAAUGGGAAUGCAUGCAGACUUUACGAACAGACACGCUACAACAUCCGCGUGUUAUGGAAUUGAACAUCUACUUGAAAUGCUACAAGACAGACGACGUAGGCUUGAGGAUUUAUGGGAAGCCCGCAGAAUUCGCCUAGAACAGUCACUACAGUUAUUCCAACUGGACCAAGAAGUAAACAAGGUAUUAACCUGGUACAGGACUACAGGGCACGCGCAGCUCCAGAGAACAGACUUGGGAGACUCAUACCAGUCUGCUAAAGAAAUCCAAGCCGAACACCAAAGAUUUGAACAACAAGCAAGAGACAUCCAAGACACUGUGUUACGAUUGAUCCGUAAUGCUGACCAGCUCUUACGUAGAACAUCUAUUGAAGCCGAGGGCGUGCGACAGCGUUUACUGGAAAUUGACACAGAAAGUGAGAAAUUUAUGAUCAAACUAGACUCUCGCAGAAAGAACAUCACAAUGGCCGUGUCCUUCUUUGACCGGUCAGAAACGGCUCUAACGAAGUUAAGCGAGAUUGAAGUCCAACUUAACAGCACGGACUUACCCAGGAAUAGCGCGGAACUUGCAGAUCGCCAUUCUCAGUUGUCUAACGUCAUUGUAGAGGUAUCUACGGCAGCACAGACCGAGGGUCGUCUCCUACUAGAGAGGGUCAGUAGGGACGAUUCCGGCGCUGAUGGCGUCAGACACAGGAUGCAGCAGCUGCAGCAACGCUGUUCCGAACUCGAGUCCCUUUGUAAGGCCAGACGAGCUGAGGCCUGGGAACGAAGCCAAACAUAUCUUCACUUCCAGGAAUCUUACUCAAGUUUACAAACAUGGAUUACACAGAUUAUCCAAUUUACACUCAGUCGUCAUAGCGAUAUGGGCACAACCCUUACAGAGGCGGCAGAUUUCUUACAAAUACAUGAACAAUUAGAAGAGGACAUAAGAGACAAGGAUGCGGAAAUACAGUCCUUAACUGAGGCAGCAAUGUCGAUGGUCAAGUCAGGGGACCAAGAGGCAAAUUCUGCCAAAGAGAAGGUUGAAUAUCUAACGCAACAAAUCACACGCAUUCAUCGUGUCAUAGAAGUCCGCAUCAAACUUUGUCUCAUUUAUGUCUCUUUCCAAAGGCUCGUCCAACAGAACUCCAACUGUAUGAGGAGCCUUGAACAUACACUGAGAUCGGACACAGAAAAUUUACAGGAUCUCACCGAUACUGCUGUACAGCAGACGGAAGAAGUAUGGUCAGAGGUCGAAACAACAUUCCGCGACCUUGACGACAAAGGCAGAGAAUUCUUGAAAAAUUCAUCCACCAUUACAGAUGAUUCAUCAUUACAAAUUCGCCGCACCAUUCAAACGGUCGAGUCUAUUUUAAUGGACACCCGUGAUCACAUGACAUUCUUAACUACACAGUGGGAAUCAUGGCAAACCCACGUGUCAACCAGCCGCCAGUUCAAAACACAGUGGCACCAGUUUAUCCAGGAUGCCAGAAAGAGUAUAGACUGGGUAAUGGCCAUAGAAAAGGAACAAUUUGAACCCUAUUUAUCGGGUUACCUUGGAAACUCCCUCGAAGAAGCUCAGCAGCUCCAAAGUAAACUUCAAGAGUUUGAGCCAACCGCACAGCAGGCCCAAGCAGAAAUUGAGGACCAUCUGAAGACAGCUGAACUAUUGUCACUUAAAGGUGACACUAGGGGCCAGAAAGAACAUAUUGUUAAUGAACUGGUUAAAGUUCAUCAAAGAUUCCAAGCUAGGAUCCAUGAAUAUCAGAUAUUGCUGAAAAUGACGAUACAAUUCUUUAGGAAUUUGGAUCAGCUUGACAAGCUGAUUGAGAAAACAGAACAUGAAUACAUGGAAUCUGAGUUACCUAGCGACCUUAACAGAGCAGAAAAUAUGCUAGAAGAACACAAGAGGAAAAAACAAGAAAUCUCCCACCUGAUAAAUUACACAGCAGAGGAGGGAGAGAAAAUAGUUGUACGAGUUAGACAAACUGACGCUGAAGCAGAAGCAAAAGAUGAUGUCCAGCGCGUUCUUGGUGCCACAGAUGAGUAUAAACAUCGGUGGAAUAAUACGUGGGAGGAGCAAGAACGGCGUUUGAGACAAAACCUUCAGAUCUGUCAAUUUAACUUUGAUCUAAGACAGAUCCAUUCAGAAAUUGAUGAGUUACAUCAUCAUUUACAAGCUAGACGUGGUAGCUAUGGCAACUCAUUGCCAGCUGCUAAAAUGACAUCACAGGCUUUUAAACAAUUCGAAAUGACAGUUGAGUUGAUUGAGAAGAAGAUUCAGAACUUUACAAGCACAGCCGAGCUCAUGGUCCAGGAUGAGCAUUACGACUCUGUCCACAUCAGACGUGAAAUUGACAUGCUCAAUACUAAAUGGACGACAUUCCAUACAAGUGUAAAUGACUAUCGUGAAAUGUUAGAUACGUCCAUUAUAUACUUCAGGCUCAUUGAAGAGUCUGAAACGUGGAUGACUGAAGGAAGUAAUUUAUUAGUUACACUCAGUCAAAGAGCUAAUCAGUGCCAAUCCCCGGAAGAUGCAAAUGAACUAAUCCAACCUGUAAAUAGAUUUGUAGAGGAGGGUAAACCAUUACAAGAUGAUAGGUUGAGACAAAUCUCAGAACUAGCUGUGCAGCUAUAUGGAGAUGAAGGUCCAAGCCGUGUUCACAAUUUACAUGUACAAUAUCAAGAUUUACUACAGAACUUCCAGCAGGCUGACAACGAGAUCUCUAGACUGAAACAUAACCUUGAACAAGGUCAGCCACCAGCUGUAGAAGAGUUUGUUCCCAUGGAAGUGACAGUGACAGCUGAGGCACCACCUAAGCCUCCAAGAAUAACACAACAUUUAAAGAAUGCCGAAGUCAUGGAGGGCACAAAAGUAAUCUUUGAAUGCCAUAUCGAGUCGGAAAUAACAUUUGAAGUUCGAUGGUUCAAGGACAGUUUACCAUUGAAUAGCCCCGACUAUGAGACAAGAUGUGAGUCGAACAAAGCUUCACUCACAAUCGAGGAAACGUUCUCCGAGGAUACGGCCAGGUACACGGUUCGUGUGACCAAUGCUGCAGGCGAGGCGGAGUCGUCUGCCUAUCUACAUGUCAAAGAAACCCAUCAGCAAAUUGUUCCACCAGAAUUUGCUAAAAAUUUGAAAUCUGUUGAUGCAUUGGAGGGCAGCCCCUUUGCAUUUGAAUGCCACAUCAUGGGCAUUCCUUCACCGACCAUAAGUUGGUACAAAGAUGAAAUAAACAUAGACAAUUCUCCCGAAUACGUCAUUACAAAAAUUAACGGCACCUGCUGUCUUAAGAUUAAGAGGGUAUCUAGAGAACACAGUGCCCGUUAUACAUGCAGAGCAACUAAUCCAGGGGGCGAGGCAGCCUCAUCUGCCCGUCUGACUGUUAUACCUGCUCAGACACCUGUUAUUCAACAGCCACUGAAGGAUGGUGUAGCUCCGGAGGGCAAGCCAUUCAGAUUAGAGAUUGUAUUCUCUGCAAGCCCCGCCCCUCAGGUCACAUGGUACAGAGGACCAGAGAAAAUUAUCCCGUCAAAUUUAUACACAAUUACCAUAGAAACAACAAGAUCUGUUCUUGAGAUUACGGAAGCGUAUCCCGAGGAUUCGGGUGAUUAUUCUGUAAUUAUACGAAACCCGCUGGGAGAGGCGAGAAGCAGUUGUACGAUCACCAUCGAGAGUUUCUACUCUAGUGCCGCCCCUUGUACAACCGUUCCUAGCGAAACAAAACCAUCUGAUAUAAGCACGCUAUCAGCUAGCCAGACCACCUUGACUGCCAGUGAGGAUGUAUCAGUUGCUUCCCUUGAAGAACCUGUUGCACCAACAUUCACGCAGCAACUGUUGCCAAGCAGGGAAGUUAUGGAGGGAAGUAGAGUACGACUAGAUUGUGUACUAAUAGGAAACCCUGAACCAGAGGUGAUUUGGUUCCACAAUGAGAAACCAGUAAAAGAGUCCUCGGAUAUACAGCUUCUGUUUGAAGGUGAUCGUUGUACUCUUGUGAUCCGAGAAGCAUAUAUCGAAGAUGCUGGCAACUACAAAGUCUCGGCUAAGAACGAACAUGGAACUGCUGAUAGCUCUUGCAGACUUCAUGUUGAACCCUUGAGUGAACUCAGUGAUGCCUCUAUAAGUCAUGAGAUAUCAGCACCCAAAUUUACUCAGUUGCUAAGGGAUGCAAAUACACAACAAGGUCAGAGAGUGACCUUACAAUGCAGAGUUCAAGGUCAUCCAUUACCAAGUGUACAAUGGUAUAAAGACAACAGACCCCUAGAACCAAGUGCAGACUUUCAGGUUACUGCAUUUGCUGAUGUACACAAUUUGACAAUACCGGAAGUGUUUGUAGAAGAUGGAGGAAACUACAUGGUUAAGGCCACUAACAAAGUUGGCGAGGCUAAAUGUUACGCCAAGCUGACCGUGAGACCGGCCCCUCCUUCACAGGAGCUCAAGAGCGUUGAGGUGAGAAGAACAAUGACAGAGGUUACACAUUCACCACCCGAGUUCCUGAAACUGUUCCAGGAUAAGGUCGUUAGAGCUGGAGACAAAGUCACCUUGGAUUGUAUCAUUGUAGGAAGUCCCAAACCAAAAGUUUCAUGGUUUGUAAAUGGUGAACCAGUCGUUUCACAGGACUACCAGAUCACAAUGGAAGGUGAUCACUACAUGUUACAUAUUCCUGAAGUAUUUGAUGAAGAUGCUGGAAGAUUUUCUGUCACUGCAGAAAAUCCGUCUGGUAAAGCUACAUGCUCCGGAAUGCUCCACGUAGAGGAACCGAUGUCUACAGAAACAGCACCCGUUGUACAGACUCGUACAUUCGAAUCAAAGAGAUCUGGAAUGUACUCUUCAACCGAGACACUCACCACGACUGAGACACGUAUAUCUCGCCGGUCAAUCACAGAAAUUAGGAGCGGUGGUCAGACUUACAUACCGUCUAAGGAAGACUUCUCCACCACUCUUGUGACUGAUGUACAACCAAAAUAUGAAAUGCCAGAAAUAAAGGCACAGGAACAUUUUGCCACAACGAUAACUACUGAUAUGCAACCAAAAUACCAACCGGUUGACUUGACUAUAUCUGUUCCGAUACCACCUAAAUUCUUGCAAGCAUUGAAAAAUGUGACCACAAUGGAAGGGACAAGAGUCACUUUCGAAGGUGUUGUUACAGGAAAGCCUGAACCUCAAAUCAAAUGGUUUAAAGAAGGCAAGAAUUUGAGCGAUGGUCCGGACUUUGAGAUUUCCUACAGAGAUGGCAGAGUUAGUUUGAUGAUACCUGAGGCAUUCCCAGAGGACACUGGGAAAUAUACAUGCAAGGCUCAAAACAUUGGAGGCCAAGCUUCAAGCACUGCUGAACUUAUUGUUAGAGCGUCAGUUACCCCGCCAUCUUUCACAGAGAGACUGUAUGACAUAUCAAUCAAGGAGGGGGAACCUGUCAGAUUUACUGUCAGAGUGGCAGGUCAUCCUGCCCCAGAGGUCACAUGGCUCAGAGAAGGCCAGCAGUUGGUCAGCUCUCCUGAUUUUGAAAUUAUCCAGGAGGGUGAUAUUCAUUCCCUCUGCAUACCAGAGGUGUUCUAUGAAGAUGCCGGUCAAUUUACUGUAAAGGCUCAAAAUCCAGGUGGCCAGGCACAUGUCUCUGCUAACCUUGUGGUUCAAGCUGUUCCUAAAAUUGAAGAGGAGGAGCAGAAACCUGUUAGUGAAGCCCGUGAAAUGUUCGAGCCAAGCCGGGCACCAGGCGUGCGCUCGGCACCUAAGAGACCUACCGAUGAAGCACCACUUUUCAAAGUCUCCAAAAUACAAAAGCCUGCUGAACAACCAAAACCAGAAAAAUUCACAGAUAAGGUCCAAAUGGAAAUUGUGGAUCAAAGACCUUUACCGGAAUUUACGAAGAAAAUUCCACUUUAUGGAAUUCCUGUUGAUGAGCCGGAUAUGCAACAGGAAAAGAGAGUGAAAUCAUCUGCUGAAAUGCGCAUACCUAAAUUUGGUGUUCCUGUGGAAGACCAGGUGGCGCCACCAACUAAACAGACUCUUUAUUUGAAAGAAAAACCAAGAUUUACAAAACCACUGAGAGACACUAAGGUUAAAGAAGGUGAAAAGGUUAAACUUGAAGUAGCCUUCAAGGGUCAACCAGAACCAAUAGUCAAAUGGUACAGGGACGAUGCUGAAAUUCAGAGCUCAACCGAUUUUGAGAUUUCAUACAGUGAUGAGGGAACAUCGUUAUCAAUUGCUGAAGUUUUCCCUGAAGAUCAAGGCAGGUUUAAGUGCGUUAUUACAAAUGCUGAUGGCUCAGCCACUUCUGAAGCAAAUCUGGCAGUGUUGCCUGCUAAGCCACCUGCCACAUUAGCCAAACCUCCGGUAAGCGAAGAAUUUGUACCAGAAUAUGCUGGACCUCGUGAAGAGAGGAUCCCGUCACCUAUCGAGGCAGUAAAACCAAUGUUUAUUGAGAGAUUACAGACUACUCGUCUUGUCGAGGACACAAACAUCAUCUUAGAGAGUCAUGUGGCUGGUCAGCCAUUCCCAGAUGUCUACUGGACAAAGGACGGACAAAAAUUAUGGCCAGAUGCAAGACACAAGAUAUCUGUUGAUGAGCAUACUGGAAGGUGUACACUGAUUAUUUCCCGAUGCAGACCAGAAGAUGCUGGAGAAUACGCAUGUAUAGCCGUCAACCCUAUGGGUGAAACUGUAACCAUGGCAACUCUUCUUCCUGUCGAAAAGAAAGAGGCUCCCCCGCCACCACUGCCGGCUACCAUGCCACCAGUUCUACCAUUUGAAGAGGAAGUCCGACAAAGAGCACAACAGCCGAGGCGCACGGAGAAGGAAUUCUUUAUCCCACGUUCUAACAGAAUCCUUGAGAGUAACAUGGAUUAUAGAAUGUCCCAACAGGAAGAGCCCGAGUACCAACAAGUCAUGGAGGACGAAGUCUCACCAAGGUUCCAGGUAUCUCAUUUCGAGGAUCGUUUACGUGAAGAGAUACAGUACCGGGAAGGUAAAGUCCGGUUUGCUAGUGAGACGGAAACCUCAGAGUAUGAUUCUGAGGUGCCAGAUGCCAAUGCACCGGAAUCUGCUCCACAGAUUGUACAAACCAUGAAAGACUUUCACCUAAUAGAGGGCGCUGAUGCAACUUUCGUCUGUAGAAUUAUUGGCAAGCCUAGGCCAAAGGUUGCCUGGUAUAAAGAUGGUCACCGCGUUAAGCGCUCCAAUCGUUACGAAAUAAAGUACGAUAGAGAUGGAUUCUGCACACUGCGUAUACGUGUGGCUCUCCCAGAGGAUGCUGGGCACUACACAGUACUCGCUGUCAAUGCUCACGGCAAAGACACGUGUUCUAGUCAGUUAAUUGUCGAAAGUGUCGGAAAUAUAGAUGCUACCUCAUAUGUUCAGCCAGAAACCCUUGACAGGAUGUUCAGAAAGGAUUCAACCCGCACACCUAGUGACCAAGACGUAGGUGGUGUGUUUGAGUCUCAGCUCAAACCUCAGUUCAAGAUGAAACCCAAUGAUACUGAGGUGAGGGAGGGCCACACAGUCCGGUUUGAUACUCUUGUCACUGGACGACCAGCACCAGAACUAACCUGGUUCUGUAAUGAUCGCAAGGUUUUCCCAGAUGACCAUCACAAGAUGGUGGUAAAUGAGGACAGUGUACACUCACUAAUUAUAACUAAGGCAUCACCACGAGAUGCUGGUGUUUAUACAUGUCUCGCAACAAACAAAGCUGGUGAAAAUACAUUCAAUGUAAACCUUAGAGUUCUAGAACGGGAACAAAUGCAGCCUCCUAAGUUUGUAGAGAGGAUGCAGAAUUAUACCAUUAAGGAAGGUCAGAGCGUGACCUUGACUGCACGUGCUGUCGGCACACCUACACCAAUGAUGAGUUGGCAGAAAAAUAACAAAAUGUUGACCCCAAGCAAAGAUUACAAAAUUGAGAUAGAUAAUGGACGAGCGGUUCUCUAUAUAGAAGAUGCCAAGAAAACAGAUGCAGCUUGGUUCCAGUGCACAGCUGUAAAUGUGGCUGGUUCUGCCAUGACAAAAGCUAAACUAGUCGUUACACCUGAAGUUGCAAAGAAGGAAGAACCUGUCCAGAGGUUUGUAGUUCAACCAAGACAAACAUCACCACAAUAUGAGAUUCAGCCUGAAGGCUAUGUACAGGAAAUUUCCUAUGUUAAAGAUGGCGAUAGUGCCGUCUUACGUCUAGUCAGGGAGGAAGACCUUAGCAGCUCUACGCCAAGCUAUCUUUCCUCUGACUCCCCCGAUCAGACCACGCCUUAUUCCACCUUACCAAAGGGGGUUAAACCCCCACCUUCAACCCCCGUGUGUGCCUCUGUUGAAGCAUCGCCAGAGUUACGACGUAAAAGAAUGCCCUACCAGAGACUUGAGAGACCAGAGCCUAUGGCUGUUCCCAUGGAAACAGAACUUGAAGAAGAAACCAAGGUACCAACAGUUGCUGAGGCUCGCGCCCGCUUUGACACAACUGAUUCUGUUCCACCAAAGAAAGUGUCCAAGAUGGAAUUCAAACCUGUCGGUCCACCAAAAGUUCCAGCUCAAGUACAGCCCAAACCUGUACCAGAAUUUAUACCAAAGAAAAAGGUACCUCCGGUACAGAAACCUGUGCCGAGGCCAGAGCCUACUCCCCAGGAACAACCAAGCAGGGUAACCAAGAAGAAGAAAAGUCCAUCACCAAGCUACGAGUUACAGCCAGAGGGACCGGUGCAACAGAUCAGUUACGUAUCCGACACAGAAUGUGGUUACGUGCGUGUUAUAUCGGAGGAGGAACUUGAUUAUAGAAGACGUGAAGAACCAACCAGAGCUGAGCCACCAAAAGUGCCUAUAACUGAAGAAGACGACAGAAAAAAGCAUGUUCCGACCAAAGUCCCACCAGCAAAAGCUCCAAAACCAAAGAAGGCACCAUUUGUGCAACCGGUUGUUAAAUUUCAACCGGAGGUACCAGUUUCGGUUAGUGAACCGGAGACAACAAGAAGAACAGAAGCGAAACUGAAGCUUAAAGUUCCGCCAGGGGUAAAGCCAAAACCGAAAAGAAAGGCCGACUCACCAGAAAGUCACUAUGAUAUCCAGGAACGAGGCUAUGUACAGGAGAUUCAUUAUGUCUCUGACACAGAGAUGGGAUCUCUUAGACUUGUAGGUCAUUCCACAGAGGAGGAGUCAUCAAGUCACUAUGAUAUCCAGGAGAAAGGCUAUGUACAGGAGAUACACUAUGUCUCUGACAUGGAGAUGGGUUCUCUCCGUCUUGUCAAUUACUCCACUGAGGAAGAAUCUUCAAGAGCUGAAGACUUGUUCCCCAAAGUUGAGCCUCAAAUUCCUCAGUCCUUGGAGACAAAGUACAAACUGUUCAGACCGCAGAAACCUCCGUCACCAAAAGAGAGACGUAGAAUACGGAAAACUCCUUCUCCACCUAAAGAGAAAGUAACAAGCAAAUCUGAUACAGAGAUUAAAAAGCCUGGGCCUCCUGUUAGGCCUAAGCCUAUACGCCCAAAAUGGAAGGCUUUGGAGACUAAGGCAACCAAAUUUCAACCUGUUGCUUUUGAGCCUAAACUUAGCCCCACUGUGAGAACUGAGGUUCAAGUCCCUGUGACAAAACCUUUGUCAGAACAGCCCGAUACUAAGAAAACUCACCUGGACUAUCUUGUUUCCAAACCGAAACCCUGGAAACCAAGUGAGGACACUAAAUUAGAUUGGCAAACUAAGUUUGAGACACAAAUUUCCAAAAUAAAAACAGAGGUCUCAAUGGAAUCUCCUGUGUACAAGGUCACACCUAAAGAUACACAAAAAAUAACAAAGGAAAUUCAGAUAAAACCAGAUAAACCAAAAACAAGUCCAAAACCUAAGUUAAAAUUUGCAACAAGACCAACUCAUAAAACUGUAACAGAAUUCCAAGUUGGCCAAGAAAAGCCUGAAGAAGAUGAAUAUAUAAUAACAUAUGAGGUCCCUGAAGAUGAAGCUUUACAAAAAGAAAUUCUUCAGAAGAGGGUUACAAGAAAAUCUCAAGAAACAUGGAGGAGGCAAACAAGUCGGUCAGAGUCUAAAAUGGUCAUUUUGUCCGCUACGUCUGAUGACUCCGAUGUUGGAUACUUUACAAAACCAGUCCACAUAACAAAAUUACCCCCACCCACUCCCGAAAAGCUGAUAAUAGAUGGGGAUCUGUAUCCAAAGAAACCAAGGAAAUAUAAACGAGUAAGAGUCCGUAAACAUAAAAGUAGAACGGUGAAAUACCAGCCGGUUCCCUAUGUCUCCAAGCCGUCCAUUUUUGUGGUACCGGACAGAACCGAUGUAUUAAUGGCUGCUGAAGCCUGGGCCAGAGAUGUAGACCACGAGAGUGCCGUACGUGAAUAUAUCAGACGCGAGGGUGAGGCCCCGGCACCAGAAGACUUGUAUCACAAAUCGAAGCAGUUGCCACCAAGAUUUAAGACAGAGAUCAAGAGUAUGAUUAACCUGAAGGAAAAUGAACCAAUCCACUUUGAGUGUAAACUGGUUCCCAUUGGCGAUCCACACAUGAAUGUAGAAUGGUUUAAGGAUGGACAACCAUUACAAUAUGGUCACAGAUACAAGCCAAGUCAUGAAUUUGGAUUUGUCUCCCUUGAUAUAUUGUACAUGUAUCCCGAAGAUUCUGGGGUAUAUACAUGUAGAGCCACUAACGUGUACGGUACCACUGAGACCUCUAGCGAAGUUAGAUGCAGAGGUCGUAGAUCAAUCAUUAUGGACACACAGUUACCUGGGGAAGGUGCCAUACGUCUACAAGAAAUGGAGGAGGUCUGGAGAGGCCACACCCACUUGGAAGAACAAGAUAUUGAAGUACCAAAGACAAAGAGCCCACCCAGUAUUGACCUCAAGCCUGAGCCUGUAGAGGUGCAAGAGGGCUUCCCCGCCAAGUUCUUGGUCAAGGUCAGUGGGUUCCCACGACCCCGGGUCAACUGGUAUGUCAAUGGAAGCCUCAUUGUUGGUGGAACCAGAUACAAGGUUACCUAUGAUGGUAUGAUGCAUUAUCUUGAGAUUCCUCGUGCACGUGACACAGAUAUAGGUCAAGUACGUGUUGUUGCACGUAAUAUUGAAGGAGAGGCAGAGUCAUCUACCUCACUAAACGUUCUACCUCAUGAUGACUGGAGGUCCAAACUUAGACAAGCUCCAAAAGGUGAUCUUCAAAUUGAACUUGACAGAAGACAAAAAAUAGAAUUGCGUAGACCACAAGUGUCUGAAUACAAGCAAUUUGAAAAAGUUGGUGACAAGGAGAUCACCAUUACCCAGACUGACAAAGAAACCAUUAUAACAGAACAGCAAUACAUCACUACACACCGAGAACUUCGACCAGUCAAACAACCGGAAGAGCGAGAAAUGCCGGCACGUGUUGUACGUCCGGACAGACCGGAAAUUCAGCUUGAGAUCCAGCAAGCCAGAAUGGUUCCAAUCAUACCAGAGGCUGCGGAACCAAAGAAAGGGGAACCGAUGGUAUCGGAGCACCAAGUUUUACUUGAACGCAGGGAACCACCCGUGUUCACUAAACCUUUGAGGCCAGCCCGUAUAACAGAAGGAAAACCAGUACAGAUGGAAGUCCACUUCAAGGGCUAUCCGCCACCUCUGAUCACAUGGUACAGGGAUAACUUUGAGAUCAGGCCAUCACAUGACUUCCAGAUUGUAACCACGGAAACAACUAGCAAGUUAUUCAUACCAGAAGUGUUCCCCGAAGAUACUGGACUGUUUACAGUGAAAGCUUACAACAUGUAUGGCAUGGUACAAUGCAAGGCUAAAUUGACUGUUGUUGAAGAAGAAGAACCUACUAAAGACAUACCACCAGAAUUCCGUAACUUGAUCCGAGACACCCAGGCAGUGGAGGGAGAGCCGGCAACAUUUGACUGUAAUGUUACUGGAAAUCCUAAACCAAAAGUUCAUUGGGAAAAGGAUGGCAAACCAAUGGAUGACAGCCCCAGGAUGAAGUUUAUACAUGAAGAUGACAACUUUACAAUGUUGAUAUAUGAAGUAAGACCUGAAGAUGCUGGAGAUUAUGCUUGUGUUGCCAUUAACAACGUCGGCAAGGCAACAUGUACAGCUAAACUUUGUGUGGAAGUGCCCAUACAAUCACCUGAGCCUAUGGAGCCCCAGCAGAUUGAGCCCAAAGUGAGCGCACCCCAGUGUGUACAGGAGCCACAGAGUCUUGUCGCUGAUGAAGGAGAACCAGUUACAUUUACCUGUAGAAUUCAGGGAUCUCCAGCUCCAGUAGUGACCUGGUACAGAAACAACAAGAUUGUGAAGCCAUCCAAGUAUUUCCACAUGGAAUCAACACCAGAUGGCGUUCAUAGUCUCAGUAUACUUGAGGCCUUCCCAGAAGACACUGGCACAUAUAAAUGUGUGGCCAGAAAUAAGGCAGGGGAAACCACUGUUACAUGCCACCUCAAAGUUCAUGGAUUAGAAAGUGAACCAGAGCAGGUGUCACCUAAAACCCAAGAACAGCCACCUCAGAUUAUCAAGCCUAUCACCAACACCCUGGUGGUAGAAGGCAGUCCAGCCAAGUUUGUGGCUGAAUAUAGUGGAGAGCCACAACCUCAGGUCACAUGGCUCAGAAAUGCACUACAGAUUUUACAAGAAACAAGAGAUAUCAAGAUUGAGACAACAAGAACCACAACAACUUUAACAAUAAGACAGGCAUUCCCUGAAAAUUCUGGUUUGAUCACAUGUAGACUCAAGAACCCAGUUGGCAUGACAGAAUGUUCUGCUGAACUUUAUGUCCAAGUACCGGCAGAUGAGGAGGAAGUUACCGUACAAGAAGCACCAGAAGAAACUGUGACCUUGGAGGGUCAAGAUAUUUCACCUGAGAAGGUGACCCCAGAAACGUCUGAGGUCAUCACUUUAGAAACGACAAUUGAGGAGACCAAGAAGGUUGAAAAGGAGGAGAUAACUUUCGAGUUUGUGACACCCGAGAAGACAGAAAUAUCUUCAACGGAAGUCACCUUAGAUGAGACACCUCUUCCAGAUGAGGACAAAGUUGCUCCGACGGCAACAGCUGCUGAAGUCUCCAUGGCAACGACCGUGGAGAUGGAAGAGGUCAUACCUAAAGAAGUGAGCCCUGUACAGGUCACUUCAGCAGAAACAGACGUAACGCUGUUACUGCCCGAGGAGCAACUUCCAGAACAGAGGGAGGCUCCAGAAGAGGAGAAAGUUCCAGAGGAAGUCAUCUCAGAAGAGAAGGCCCCUGUUGAAAGCAAGGAAGAGGUCACCCUAGUCCCUACAGGUGAAGCCCCAAGAUUCAUAACAGAGUUAUCUAGAACUGUAGUAAAACAAGGAAAACCAACACACCUUACUUGUGUUGUUAUAGGCAACCCCACACCCACAAUACGUUGGAUUAUCGAUGGUGAAUACAUUCCUGAAGAUUCUACAACAUAUAUAACCGAGUACCAUAAAGAUGGUACCUGUACACUUUUAAUCAAAGAAACUUUCCAAGAAGACGAGGGCGAAUAUACCAUAGAGGCAUCGAACGAUUUCGGAGUUAUACGUUCUACAGUUGAACUUAUUGUAGAAGUACCAGAAGAUGAUGUUGUACGUGCAGACAUUAGUGUCACAGAAGAUAUUCCUAGUGAGGAAGUUGUCUCUGAAGUAUCAUUUGAUGUUGAACAACAACCCUCAACUGAACAGACAUUUGAGAUUACCAUGGAUACAGAAGAAAUCAUAAUGGAGAAGAAACCCACUGAGGAUGAAGAAGUUGCUGUAGAACUGUCAAUAGAAGAAUCUGUUCCUCAACCUACAGUUUCAGUUGUUGCACUGGAUAGUGAAGUCAACAAACCUUCAAGGAUACAAGAAAUUUCAGUUAAAACUCCCCUUUUAAGCAAUAUUAAAAAAGAAAAAUCUGCUACUGAAACAGAAUUAACUAUCCCAGAACUUGUGGCAGAAAUUACAUCUGAAGAUAAGGAAAUGGAAAAGCCUUCUGUAGUUGACAUGACUGUUACACAAGAUGUGGCAGCUGAUGUUGAAAUCAAAGAAGAAUUUGACACAGAAAAAGAAAUAUCUGCUACCGAAGCUGAAUUAACUAUCCCAGAACUUGUGGCAGAACUACAAUCUGAAGAUAAGGAAAUAGAGCGGCCUUCUGUAGUUGACAUGACUGUAACACAAGAUGUGGCAGUUGAUGUUGAAAUCAAAGAAGAAUUUGACACAGAAAAAGAAAUAUCUGCUACCGAAGCUGAAUUAACUAUCCCAGAACUUGUGGCAGAAAUUACAUCUGAAGAUAAGGAAAUAGAGCUGCCUUCUGUAGUUGACAUGACUGAUACACAAGAUGUGGCAGCUGAUGUUGAAAUGAAAGAAGAAUUUGAAACAGAAAAAGAAAUAUCUGCUACCGAAGCUGAAUUAACUAUCCCAGAACUUGUGGCAGAAAUUACAUCUGAAGAUAAGGAAAUAGAGCGGCCUUCUGUAGUUGAAAUGACUGUUACACAAGAUGUUGCAGCUGAUGUUGAAAUCAAAGAAGAAUUUGAAACAGAAAAAGAAAUAUCUGCUACCGAAGCUGAAUUAACUAUCCCAGAACUUGUGGCAGAAAUUACAUCUGAUGAUAAGGAAAUAGAGCGGCCUUCUGUAGUUGACAUGACUGUUACACAAGAUGUGGCAGCUGAUGUUGAAAUGAAAGAAGAAUUUGACACAGAAAAAGAUAUAUCUGCUACUGAAGCUGAAUUAACUAUCCCAGAACUUGUAGCAGAAAUUAAAUCUGAAGAUAAGGAAAAAGAGCAGCCUUCUGAAGUUGAAAUGACUGUUACACAAGAUGUGGCAGCUGAUGUUAAAAUGAAAGAAGAAUUUGAAACAGAAAAAGAUAUAUCUGCUACCGAAAUUGAAUUAACUAUCCCAGAACUUGUGGCAGAAAUUACAUCUGAAGAUAAGGAAAUAGAGCAGCCUUCUGUAGUUGACAUGACUGUUAAACACAAAGUGGCAGCUGAUGUUGAAAUGAAAGAAGAAUUUGAAACAGAAAAAGAAAUAUCUGCUACCGAAGCUGAAUUAACUAUCCCAGAACUUGUGGCAGAAAUUACAUCUGAAGAUAAGGAAAUAGAGCGGCCUUCUGUAGUUGACAUGACUGUUAAACAAGAUGUGGCAGCUGAUGUUGAAAUGAAAGAAGAAUUUGAAUCAGAAAAAGAAAUAUCUGCUACCAAAGCUGAAUUAACUAUCCCAGAACUUGUGGCAGAAAUUAAAUCUGAAGAUAAGGAAAUAGAGCUGCCUUCUGAAGUUGAAAUGACUGUUACACAAGAUGUUGCAGCUGAUGUUGAAAUGAAAGAAGAAUUUGAAACAGAAAAAGAAAUAUCUGCUUCCGAAGCUGAAUUAACUAUCCCAGAACUUGUGGCAGAAAUUACAUCUGAAGAUAAGGAAAUAGAGCGGCCUUCUGUAGUUGACAUGACUGUUAAACAAGAUGUGGCAGCUGAUGUUGAAAUGAAAGAAGAAUUUGAAUCAGAAAAAGAAAUAUCUGCUACGGAAGCUGAAUUGACUAUCCCAGAACUUGUGGCAGAAAUUACAUCUGAAGAUAAGGAAAUAGAGCUGCCUUCUGUAGUUGACAUGACUGUUAAACAAGAUGUGGCGGCUGAUGUUGAAAUGAAAGAAGAAUUUGAAUCAGAAAAAGAAAUAUCUGCUACCGAAGCUGAAUUAACUAUCCCAGAACUUGUGGCAGAAAUUAAAUCUGAAGAUAAGGAAAUGGAAAAGCCUUCUGAAGUUGACAUGACUGUUAUACAAGAUGUGGCAGCUGAUGUUGAUAUGAAAGAAGAAUUUGAAACAGAAAAAGAAAAAUCUGCUACCGAAUCUGAAUUAACUAUCCCAGAACUUGUGGCAGAAAUUAAAUCUGAAGAUAAGGAAAUAGAGCGGCCUUCUGAAGUUGAAAUGACUGUUACACAAGAUGUGGCAGCUGAUGUUGAAAUGAAAGAAGAAUUUGAAACAGAAAAAGAAAUAUCUGCUUCUGAAGCUGAAUUAACUAUGCCAGAACUUGUAGCAGAAAUUACAUCUGAUGAUAAGGAAAUAGAGCGGCCUUCUGUAGUUGACAUGACUGUUAAACAAGAUGUGGCAGCUGAUGCAGAAAUGCAAGAAGAAUUUGAAACAGAAAAAGAUAUAUCUGCUACCGAAGCUGAAUUAACUAUCCCAGAACUUGUGGCAGAAAUUAAAUCUGAAGAUAAGGAAAUAGAGCGGCCUUCUGAAGUUGAAAUGACUGUUACACAAGAUGUGGCAGCUGAUGUUGAAAUGAAAGAAGAAUUUGAAACAGAAAAAGAAAAGUCUGCUACUGAAACAGAAUUAACUAUCGCAGGACUUGUGACGGAAAUUAAAUCUGAAGAUAAGGAAAAGGAUAAGCCUUCUGAAGUUAAAAUGACUGAUACACAAGAUGUAGCAGCUUAUGCUAAAAUCAAAGAAGAAUUUGAAACAGAAAAAGAAAUUUCUGCUACCGAAGCAGAGUUAACUAUCCCAGAACUUUUGGCAGAAAUUAAAUCUGAAGAUAAGGAAAUAGAGCUGCCUUCUGUAGUUGACAUGACUGUUAAACAAGAUGUUGCAGCUGAUGUUGAAAUCAAAGAAGAAUUUGAAACAGAAAAAGAAAUAUCUGCUACCGAAGCAGAAUUGACUAUACCAGAACUUGUGGCAGAAAUCAAAUUUGAAGAUAAGGAAAUAGAGCGGCCUUCUGAAGUUGACAUGACUGUUACACAAGAUGUGGCAGCUGAUGCUAAAAUCAAAGAAGAAUUUGAAACAGAAAUAGAAAAAUCUGCUACUGAAACUGAAUUAACUAUCCCUGAACUUACAGCAGAAAUUAAAGCUAUUGAUUUAGUAGAUAAUGUUGAAAUCGAAACACAGCCAGAUAAAACAAAAUUAGACAUAAAGAUGAUUUAUGAGAAAAGCUUAGAAGGGGAUGUUUCUUCUGAACUUGAUUUUCCCACUAGUCAAGGUGAAGAUGUGACACAAGACAUAACUAUAGAAGAGGAAUAUCUCUCUGAAAAAGAAAAACAAGUUGAAGAAGAAAAAGAAACAAUCUCUGACGAAGAAACUAAAGUUCCAAUACAUACUGUUGAAGAACAGGUUAUCAAAACUGCACCUGAAUUCACAACUCAGCUGGAGGAUAUUACUACUACUGAUGGAGGCAAAGCUCAAUUUGAGUGUAUCAUCAAAGGUGAACCUCUUCCCACUGUCACCUGGCUGAAGGACAGUACUCAGGUAGAAGAAAGUGAGGAGUUCCAAAUGACAUUCGAGGAUGGAGUGAGCAUUUUGACCAUACCAGACGUCUAUCCCGAGGAUGCUGGAAAGUACACUGUGGUUGCCAAGAACGAGCUUGGAACUGCCAUGUCAACAGCUGAACUCUUUGUUGAAGCUGCAGAAGAAGAGGUGAUACAGCCCACUUUCCAACAGAAACCUAAAUUCCAGAACGUAGACGAGGGAACAACUGUGUCCUUUACUGCAAGGGUCAUUGCUAUACCAAAACCAGAUAUUUACUGGAGUCACAAUGGUGUACAGAUAGAGGAGGAUGACCUUCACACUGUGGAGAUCAUAGAGGACGUCAGUGUGUACACAACAACACUCACCUUGGAGAAUGUGACACCACAAGAGGCUGGCACCUAUAAAUGUGUAGCAAUUAAUGAGGUUGGGGAAGAAACAGUGUCAGCCUCACUCAUUGUAAAAGAAGCACCUGUUCAGAAAGAUCUUAGAGAACAGUUGAAGACUAAAGUUCAAACUAAGGAAGGUGUGAGAAGUGAUGCAGAGCAGGUCGACUUUAGAGAUAAUCUCAAAACCAAAGUUCAAACUAAGGUUGGUGUCAAACAUGAUGCAGAACAAAGGGAUUUUAGAGAGAAACUUGUAACAAAAGUCGAUACUAAAGUAGGAGAAAAAUUUUCUGCUGAGCAAGUAGACUACCGUGAUGCUCUUCAAACUAAAGUCAGAACAAAAGUGGAUGAAAAGUUUGAAGUUUUGCAAGUUGAUUAUACUAAUGCUUUAAAAAGAAAAGUUGACACAAAAGUUGGUGAACAAUUUGAUGCAAUACAAGUUGAUUAUAGGGAUGCUCUUCAAAGCAGUGUUAAAACGCGGGAUGCCGAACAUUACCAGGCCGAACAGAAAGACUAUAGGACUGUAUUACACAAUAAGGUGGAAACCAAAGUCGGUGAAUCAUUUGAUAUGACUCAGGUCGAUUAUAGAGAUGCUUUGGUUAAAAAAGUAGAAACUAAAGUGGGAGAACAAUUUGAAACGGAACAAGUUGACUAUACAAGUGUGCUUUACUCUAAUCAUCGCUAUAAAAAACCAUGGAAUGGUCAUCAUAAAAAAGUAACUUUUGCUGAGGAGGUAACAACAUUAGAAGAAGCUGAGACAACUGAAGAAGUUGUUUCUGGGGUGGAAACCACAGCAACUAUUGAACAACAAGAUGAAGCACCACAGUUUGUUAUAACACUGGAAAAUGUCAUGGUCAAAGAAGGCAAACCGGUUAAAUUUGUUGCCAAGGCAACUGGUGAACCAACUCCAAAAAUUACAUGGUAUCACGACAAUGAGCUUAUUGUAGAUGGAGACAUUUACAAAAUCAGAUACCCAUCAGAAGGGGAAAGUUCAUUAAUGUUGGCUCAAGCAUUCCCAGAAGACGCUGGGGUCUACUUUGCCAGGGCAACCAACGAGCUUGGAGAGGUUGAAUGCAGUUCAACUCUGGAAGUGGCAGAUCUUAUUGAUGAACCCGAGCAACUUGAUUUUAGAUUGGCUUUAAAGAAACCUGUGCAAACGAAAGUUGGCCAGCAGUUUGAUAUGGAGCAAGUUGAUUUUAGAUCUUUACUUAAGCCAUCAGCUCAAAUAUCAAAGAAAUUUGAGGAAGAUAUAGCUGAAUCUGUUACCUUGACAACAGAAACACCAGAAACAGAACAAGUUGAGGUUACAGCUGUUAUACCCGAGGUGGAAGAAGUACAGUUAAGUGUCCCUGAAUUUGAGAUCAGAAUUGCUGACAUGACUGUCAAAGAAGGUGAGUGUACUACAUUGACUUGCAAGGUCAAAGGUCAGCCAGUUCCAGAGGUCACAUGGUACCAUGCAGAUGAGCCAAUCACAUCCGACGAUGUAUACAGAGUGAUACCUGGUGAUACAGAAGGGGAGAGUACUCUUGAGAUACCUGAAACGUUCCCAGAAGACAGUGGUGUUUACUCUGUGAGAGCAACAAAUGAAGCUGGCUCUGUAGAAGCUACUGCUUUGCUCACAGUCACAGAACUUAUUGAAGCCGAUGAGGAGGUUGUCGAAGAGAUAACAGCUGAUGUCAUCACCAAGGAGACAGAGGUCACUGUAGAAGCUCCUCAAGAAGACGUUGAUUUCACUUUUGAAGUUCCUGAAACAGAGGCGGAGUUUGUUAUACAGAAAGGGGAAGAUACUGAGGCGGAGUUACAGUCACCGCAUGCUAAGCAGCUUCCAACUUUAGAUAGUGACAGAAUAUUCACUUGGAAAAUGACAAAUGUUAACAACGAGAAUGAAAAGGUACCUGCUAUUUUUAAGGAGGAAAUAUAUGUUGAAGACCAGUCUGAACUCCAAACUGAAGAGUAUUCAGAUGAGACCAAAGAUGCCUCCAAACCCAGAGGGCUUGAACGACAAGGAACUGGAAGCAGUGAAGAAUAUAUACCAGAAAUAACUGGAGUUGAAUUUGAUGCCUUUUUAAUUGAGAAGAACCCAGAGCCUGAGAUCUAUACCGAGUUUGAGUCAAAAAUUCAACCACAAGAAAAUUUCCCAAAAUUUACAGCAGAUGUUGAAGUAGAUGAGCAAUCCCCAAGAGAAAAGCCAUUUAAACCUGAAAUUGAAUUCAAAGAAGAAUACCAGUUUAAAAUACCUACAGAGGGUUACAUGCAUGAAAGACAGUAUGGAUAUGAAGUCUCAGUAAGAACAGAAGAUGAAGUUUCAGAACUGCCUGAUUCUGAAAUAGCUUCUCUGAUAUCUGAUAGAAAAGCUGAAGAGAGAAGAGAUUCUGAUGUUUCACUUUCAGACAGGGAAUAUUCUGACAAAGAUGAUGAGAAUGUUGUUAUCUCAGAUUAUGAAGCUGAGACAGAAGUACCGUUUACACCUAAACAAGAUGUAAAACUUGAUAAUGAUAAAACAGUUGCAAUAAAACCAGAAAGUUCUGAAGAGUCAUCAGAUGAAAAGUCAACUUCCAGUGAUAGUAUUGAUAAAAGUCCCAAAGAGCAUGAAGGCCCAGAAGGAGUUCCAGCAGAGCAAAUUGAUUUAGAUGUGUCCUUUGAAGAAUCUGAAUCUCUUGGAGCUAUACCUUCCAGAGUAUAUGGUUAUCAAUAUAUGCAAGAAAUAAAUAGAUUAAAAGAUGGACUAUUGACAGAAGGUCCAGAACAAUAUCAAGAACCUAUUAAGGUUGGGGACACUCCAUCUAAUAUUGAUGAUGUGGAAAAAGUGAAACCAGCAAUUUAUGAAAGGCCUGAAAGACACAUUGUUGCUUCUGAAAAUGAUAGCAGUAGUGAUGAAGAUGAUGAGCGAGAUGUGCCAGAGAAAACUAAGAAGUAUAUUCUUGACAGAGAUGAACAUGGAGCAGGAGACAGAUUUGGAAGCGUACCAGAAUAUUAUAUAGCAGGUGAAAGAGACCAGAGACCAACAGAUGGGGAAUAUCCAUAUGGGAAAGGUUUACCUGUACCAAAGCUGAGACUGAAAAGAGAAUCAUCAGAUUCUGAAUCUGAUGUUCCUCGAGAAACAGAUGAAUCAAUGCUUGAUAAUACAACUGACCUUGAAACUACUGUAGAUUUCGAAAACUCUCCUCAUAAAGGUGAAAGCCCUGAUGCAGUUAUACAUAUAUCUGACCAGGAUACACCGGGGAAAACAACUGAUGAAGAUUCUUCUACAAUCAAAGAAGAAUUUAUAACUCGUGUUGACAGCUUAGAAAUGAGGCCAGAACAUAUGAUGGAAGUGAGAGAAUAUGUUUCAUCAGAGGAAGAUGAAGGUCAGAGAAAUCAACCACAAGUAAGAGUAGUAGAGGAUAGAAGUGAAUCGCCAGAAAUCCAUACAGGAUUUGCUGAAGAGUUGGAGUUGUCAAGAAUCACUGAAGAUGAAGAGCCAGAAAGUGAUGAUGACACAUCUGAAUCUGGGUCCACAACUAGUGCCGAGAGUGUAAGACAAGUAGAGAUUCCAUACAGAGAUGAAGUACUACAGACUGUACCAGAAGAAUCUGAAUCAGCUGAUGUUUCCAUGGAGACACCACAUGAAGGGGAAAUAAGUGAUACCUCGUUUGAUGUGGAAGAAAGUUUUAAUGUGGAGGGUCCACUGGCAAGGUCAACACUGGUGAGAGAAGAACUAACACCACAGGAGAUCACGUUGGAGGAAGAAGAUACUAAAACUGUUGAAGAUAUCAGUGUAGAGCUUGAAGUACCAAGAUUCCUGGAAGAACUUUCAGACCAGGAAGUGACUGAGGGUGACACAGUGACAUUCAUUAUCAAGGUUGAGGGCAAACCAUUCCCUGAACUUACAUGGUAUCGUGAUGGUGUAGAGAUCACCCGAGAUGAUCGUCAUGUUAUUGACAUACGUGGAAACUUCGCAACUCUCAUCAUGAAAGAUAUACAACCAGAAGAUGAUGCUGAAUAUUCUGUAACCGCUACUAACAAAGCUGGAUCCGUGACAUCGAAAUGUGAACUCUUUGUAAAUCCAUUAGGAGAAGCACCAUCGUUUGUGUCAAGUAUCUCCGAUAUGGAAGUGGAACUUGACUCACCAAUCAAAUUACUGUGCCAAGUACGCGGUACUCCUAAGAAAAUUACCUGGAUGAAAGAUGGAGAAGAAAUUGAAGGAGACAGAUUUAAGAUAGAAUCUGAGUGGACAACAUACGAAGAUGAGGUUGUCAGUCUAACUAUCGAGAACUCAAUACCAGAGGAUGAAGGAGAAUACACAAUUAAGGCAGUCAAUGAUAAAGGCGUUGCCACGAGCAGUGCCGAGGUUCUGGUGCACCUUGAAGCUCCAGUUUUCACCAAACAGCUCUCAGACGUCAUUAUUGAGCUGUCACAAACUGCUGUCUUUGAAUGUGUUGUUACAGGAAUACCUAAACCUAAAGUGUCAUGGCUUGUUGAAGACACCCCUAUUGAGGAGGGUCCAAAAUAUAGCCUCAGUUACCAAGACAAUGUAGCUACUCUAAAGGUGAAGGACGUAUCUAUGGACGAUUCACCAAUAUUUGUAACUUGUAAAGCAGAAAAUGUUGCCGGAGAAGCACGAACCUCUGCAGAACUUGCUGUUGAAGUUCCCAAAACAGAAAGUCCAGUACCUGAAAAAAAUCCAAAUUGUCUCCUUUAUUUGUGGUGUAAUUAUCUACUUUCAGAAACAGAAAAGGUCAAGAAAGAUGACACAACAGCUGUUGUCAAACCGGAGGGCAAGAAACCCGAGUUUGUUCUCAAGAUUAAAACACAAACACUUGAUGAGGGUGACCAGGUUGACUUUAACUGUGAGGUUAUUGGUGAACCUAAGCCUGACAUCAAAUGGUUAUAUAAUGGUGAGGAAGUGAAAUCCGAGGGCAAGUAUAUGAUCUACGAGGAAGAAUGUCUUCAUCACCUCGAGAUAACCGAUAUCGUACCGGAAGAUGCUGGAGAAUAUAUGGUGAAGGUAGAAAAUACCCUCGGCAAGGCAACUUGCACAGCUCAGUUACAAGUUAUAGAAAAACCCAAAGAAGAAGUACAAAAACUUGAAGCACCAAAAUUCACAAUUGAGAUUCAAACUGUAGAAACAACAGUGGGUGAGAAGGCUUCAUUCUUCUGUAAAGCCAAGGGUAACCCCGUACCAAAUAUCCUUUGGUACAAGGAAGACAAAGAAAUCACCAAAAAAGACAAUAGGUUUACCAUAGAACAUGGAAAGGAAGGGGAUUCCUCGUUACUUAUUAUAGAUGUUAUCCCAGAGCAUGAUGGGAAGUACAUGGCUGAAGCUAAAAAUGAGGUUGGAACAGCCACAACUAAAGCUGAGCUCUUUGUUCAUGAUAAAGAAGAGACCUAUGCACCAGAAUUUAUCAAAUCACCCACUGAAGUCAUAUCCAGGGAGCGUGACCGUGCCCAGUUCCUGGUCAAAGUCAUAGGCAUGCCUAGCCCUACAGUGACCUGGAAGAAGGAUGACAAGCCUCUGGAUGACACAGAUCUUUAUCAUAUUGAGAGUUACGAGGAUACUUACUGUUUUGAGAUCAAGGACACGAGCCCUGAAGAUGCUGGCACAUAUACUUGUGUUGCUACCAAUGAAGUUGGUGAAGCUAUCUGUGAAAUACCUCUUGAGGUCAAAGGAGACAAUGAUCUACUUAUUGAACCAGAGGAGGUUACUCGUGAUGAAAGGAUCACAGAAUCACCUCUUGUGCUCAGAUCUCAGGAACUCUCACAACCACCAGAAUUUACUGAAACUCUCACUGAUAUUACUGCAAUGGAAGAGAAACCCAUGACCUUGACUUGUAAGGUUGUUGGAUUACCAAGACCAGAAGUAGCCUGGCUCAAAGAUGGUAAGGAGUUGAUACUAACACCAAACAUCAAACAAUCUUAUGAUGAAGAUACAGCCAUUCUUACCAUCAACAAAAUGUCCAUGGAUUAUGAUGGAGAAUAUAAAUGUAUAGCAGAAAACUCGGCUGGUACAACAGAAACUGUUGCUAAAGUCGUUGUAGAAGGUAAGAUGGAAGGUCCAGAAUUUACAAGACCACUUGCGGAUCGUGAGUGCCGUGAAGGAAGACCAGUCAAGUUUGAAUGUGCUACCAAGGGCAUUCCUAAACCUGAUGUCAAAUGGUUCAUCAAUGACCAGCCCAUUGAGCCAGGUCUUAAGUUCCACACCGAACAACGUAAAGGUUUCGGUGGCGACAUUACACAUAGUCUUAGUAUUGACAACACAGAAGUUGAUUAUGCUGGCAAGGUCAAGGCUGUUGCCACAAACAAAGCUGGAGAAGUUGAAACCACGGCAACUCUUACUGUUGAAGAGAAGAAAGAGACUCCUAAAUUUGUCCGCAAACUUGAGAAUAUUGACACAAUUGAGAAACAGACUAUAACCUUCGAAGUUGAGGUCACAGGAAAACCCAAACCCCAUGUCACAUGGUCAAAGGGCAAUGUGGAACUUCAGAAUAUGGAGAAUAUUGUCUUAGAAGCCACAGAUCGUGUUCAUACAAUGACCUUGAAAAAUGUCAAACCUGCUGAUGCUGCCCUCUAUAGUGUCAAGGCCCACAACCCUGCGGGACAAACUUCCUGCAGUGCUCGACUUAAAGUUGCUCCUGCAAGACGACCAAGUUUCAUGCGUCGUAUGUCAGAUAUUCUUGCUCCAGAAAACGGAGAGGCCAAGUUUGACUGUAAGGUUGAAGGAUUCCCAUUACCUGAGGUGAAAUGGUUCAUCAAUGACAAGGAGCUUGAACCAAGUGAAAAUGUCAUCAUGGAACAGAAGAAGGACGGCACCUGUGUGUUGACCAUCAAGGAUGCAAGCCCCGACAUGCAGGGUGAGGUCCGUGCUGUAGCUGCCAAUGUUGGCGGAGAGGAUCUCUGUAAUGCUAAUCUUGAGGUCAGAGGUCAAGCACCAACCUUUAUCGAAACACCAAUCAAAUGCACAAUCCUUGAAGGAGACGUUGCCAUAUUCAAAUGCCUUAUCAAGGGUGAACCAUCACCCACUGUUGAAUGGUCAAAGGGUAAAUGGUCUAAACUGAAAAACUCUGAUAAAAUUAAUAUGUACAAAGACGAAAAUACCAGUGAAGACAUUCUAGAAAUCAAGGACAUAAAGAAGAAGGAUGCUGGAACGUACAAUAUUAGUGCAACUAACGAGCACGGCACAGAACAAGUGGCCGCAACUUUGAUUGUUACCUCCAAUCCUGAAGAGGCUGAAGACUGGAAGGCCUCUCUUAAACACAGGGAAUAUGAUAGAGAGCACGCGGAGAUUGAAGCCGACUGGUUACCUAACUUAAAACAUGUCGAAGGUGAAGAGGGCUCUCCAGUGAAGGAGGAAGAGAAAGAACUUGUCAAAGAAAAAGAUGAACCUGUCGCAUUCCAGAUUCUCCAGAAACGAAGGAUGUCAGAGCUUGAAGGUAAAAGAGACAAAAUUGAUGUUGAACCAAUUGAGCGUGAAAAGAUUGACCUCGAUAUGGCAGCUCCAACUAAACUUGAGAAAGAUGAGGCCCCAACUGACGAAUUGGAGAAGAAACCAUACAAACAUGAACCUAAAGAGGUUACCAUAGAUGAGGUGGAUGCAACAGAACUUCUUAUACCAAAAGUCAAGUGGGAAUGGACAACACCUCUCAAGGAUGUCAAAGUCAAAGAGACAGAAUCUGCUGACUUCCAAUGCGAGUUCUCUGUAGCAGACGUCAAUGUUACAUGGACGGUAAAAGGGGAACCAGUCGAGGUCAGUCCCAAAUACAGCAUGACCUCAGAGGGCAAGGAACACAAACUCACCGUGGCUAAAUGUCGACCUAGAGAUGUUGGAGAGGUCACAUGUUCUUACUCAGACUACACAACAAGUGCUAACUUAGAUGUGGAAGAAAUGGUAAAAGAAUUUACUGUUAAACUUGACGACACAUCAGCUGUUGAGAACACAGAAGCCACAUUCACAUGUGAAACCAAUGAUGAUGAAGCUGAGGUCGUCUGGAUGCUUGACAACAAGCCUCUACCUGUCUCUGAUAAAUAUAAAACCCAAAGUGAAGGAACUACGCAUACUCUCACAAUUUUUGACUUAACAUCCAAUGAUAACUGUGAUGUCUCAGCAACAUUUGGAGACCAGUCUACCACAGCUAAACUUGCUGUUGAAGAAAUUACUGCCAAAUACACAGUACCACUAUCAGAUGUUUCAGUAUUAGAGAAGUCUGAUGCAGAAUUUUCAUUUGAAUUGUCACUUCCUGUUGACAAAGUGCGCUGGUUUUUGGAUGAUGUUGAACUUCGACCAAAUAACAAAACACAGUUUAUUGAUGACGGUAAAUUACACAAACUGAUCCUCAAGGAUGUUGAUGUGACCGAUGAAGGUCAAGUCAGUGUUCUUGUUGGUGACAAGAAAUCUACAGCAAAUCUAUUUGUUCAGGAAUUAUCACCAGACUUUAUGAAGCCAUUAUCUAAUGUAACUGUUAAAGAACAUGAAAAUGUGGAAUUCGUGACAGAGGUGAACAAAGAAGGGGUUACUGUGAAAUGGUUUGUGGAUAACAAAGAAAUUGAAGAAGACGAACGAUUUGAGAUUUACUCAGAGGGUCGCACUCAUAGGCUUAUCAUUAAGAAUGCUGUAAUGCCAGACUCUGGUGAGAUUAUGGCUAGAGUUGAAGGAAAGACCCAGAAAGCUACCCUAGAAGUACAAGAAAUCCCUGUUGAAAUUGUUGCUGAGCUAACAGAACAACAUGUUGAAGAACAUAAGGCCUCGUUUUUCACGUGCGAGGUAAAUAAACCCGACGUUACUGUCACCUGGUUGAGAAAUGGCGAAAAAAUCAAAGAAAGUGAGAAACAUCAGAAAAUCGAAGAUGGAACCACCCACACACUUGUUAUCAUGGAUACAGACAAAUCUGAUGUUGGUGAAUACACUGUUGUCAUUGGCGACAGAAGAAGUUCUGCACAGUUACAUCUGGAUGAGAGCCCUAUAAAUGUUUCUUUGACACUAAAUCGUCAUCACAUUGAAAGUUUGCACCAGACUGAGCAACUAGCAACUUUCACCUGUUUGACCUCCAAGUCAGCUGUAGAGGUCAAAUGGUAUAAAGACAAAGACGUAGUUAAGCCAAGUAGUAAGUACGAGCUUCAAAACUUCGGACGUGAACACCGACUCACAGUGCAUGACCUUUGCAUGUCUGAUUAUGGGGAUUAUGCAGUCUCCAUAAGGAGUUUACGAAAAUUUCCACAAACGCACGUUUCCAUAGAGCCCCCGACACAGUUUAUUAUCCCACUUAGUGAAGCCACAUGCCAGGAAGGUGAUGAUGUGACCUUCACCUGCGAAAUUACCGAUGACAAAAUCCCGGCACGUUGGUUCAAGGACGAAGAGAAACUUCAACCAUCAGACAAAUAUGUAAUGAAAAAAGAUGGCCGCAAACACUCGCUGACCAUCAAGAAUGCAACUCUCGAGGAUAGAGCUGAAUAUACCAUCAAUCUUAAAGAUGGGAAAAGCAGUGCUCCACUCUUUGUUGAAGAAACUCCUCUGGAGUUCACAAUGCCUUUACAAGAGCAGACGGAAUGUAUUGAAGGAGAUACUGUCACCCUCGUCUGUGAGGUGAACAAGCCCAACAAACCAGCCAUGUGGCUACGUGAUGGAGAACAGAUCGUCCCAGGUGAUGGAGUGGAAAUAACUGUGGAUGGUAACAUUCAUAAACUGUUGUUACGUCGUGCAUCUCUGGACAGUGAAGCAGAAUAUACAUGUAUGAUUGGCAAUGUUGACACGACAACCAUGCUCUAUGUUGAAGAACCUGCAGCAGAGUUUACUCAUCGUCUAAGUGACGUCUCUGGACAAGAAGGUGAAGACAUUGAGAUGUACGUGGAAUUAAGCCGACCAGAUGUUCCGGUUAACUGGAUGAAGAACCGAAUGCCACUUAAACCCAGUGAAAGAAUCCACAUUUUGUGUGAACGCUAUCGUCAGGUGCUCCAGAUUUUGGACGCUAUUCCAGAGGAUGAAGGCGAAUACACUGUAUGCUUGCCUGAUAAAACGGAAUCCUCCGCCAUCGUUAAGAUAAAAGAAAAAGCUCCAGAAUUCAAUAAGCCACUUGAUGAUCAGACAGUUAAGGAAAAGGACAUUUUGACCUUGACCUGUGAACUCACAAAACCGGACGUUCCUGUCAAAUGGCUGAAAAAUGGAAAAGAGAUCCAACCAGACGAUAGAGUAAAAUUCUCAGUUGACCAAUACCAGCAUCAGUUGGUCGUAGCCGAUGUCACAUUAUCUGAUGCCGACAAAUACACUUGUGUUUGUGGAGAUGUUAGCACGGAGUGUACCAUUAAGGUUGAAGAACAACCAGUAGAAUUCACUAAACCACUAGAAGACCAAACAGUCAAGGAGAAGGAAACUUUGACCUUGACAUGUGAACUCAACAAACCAGACAAAAAGGUCAAAUGGCUGAAAAAUGGCAAAGAAAUCAAACCAGAUAAACGCAUUAAAUUCUCAGUCGACCAGUAUCAACGUCAGCUUAUUAUGACAGAUGUCACAUUGACUGACUCGGACAAAUACACUUGUGUUUGCGGGGAUGUCAGUACGGAGUGUACCAUUAAGGUUGAAGAACAACCAGUGGAAUUCACUAAACCACUAGAAGACCAAACAGUCAAGGAGAAGGAAACUUUGACCUUGACAUGUGAACUCAACAAACCAGACAAAAAGGUCAAAUGGCUGAAAAAUGGCAAAGAAAUCAAACCAGAUAAGCGCAUCAAAUUCUCAGUUGACCAGUACCAACGUCAGCUAAUUAUGACGGAUGUCACAUUGACUGACGCGGACAAAUACACUUGUGUUUGCGGGGAUGUCAGUACGGAGUGUACCAUUAAGGUUGAAGAACUUCCUGUGGAAUUCACACGGCCCUUGGCUGACCUCCAAUUCAAAGAGAAGAAAAAGAUGACAUUGACCUGUGAACUUAAUAAACCUAACAAACAGGUGAAAUGGCUUAAGGAUGGUGAAGAAAUUAAACCAGACAAGCGUAUCAAGAUGUCAGUGGACAAGAAACAACAUCAAAUGGUCAUUGCCGAUGUCACUGUAGAAGAUGAAGGCAAAUACACUUGUGUAUGCGAUGAUGUCAACACAGAAUCUAGCAUUACUGUUGAAGAACUACCAGUAGAAUUCACAAAACCACUCAAGGAUAAAAAGGUGAAAGAGAAGGAAACUUUGACCUUGACCUGUGAACUUAAUAAACCAAACAAACCAGUGAAAUGGUUAAAGAAUGGUGAAGAGAUUGUCCCCGAUGACAGGGUUAACUUCUCUGUUGACCAGUAUUUACAUCAACUGGUUAUAGCAGACGUCACAGUGACUGAUGCAGACAAAUAUACGUGUGUUUGUGGAGAUGUUAGCACUAAAUGCACCAUUAAAGUUGAUGAAUUGCCAGUUGAGUUCACCAAACCACUUACCGACCAGACAAUCAAGGAAAAGGAAACAUUGACCUUGACCUGUGAGGUCAACAAACCAAAUGCUCCAGUCAAAUGGCUGAAGAAUGGCAAAGAGAUCAAACCAAAUGACAGAAUCAAUUACUCUGUAGAUAUGUACUUACAUCAACUUGUUAUCACAGAUGUAACUCUAGAGGAUGCCUCAAAAUACAGAUGUGUCUGUAAAGACGUCAGUACUACAUGUACUGUCAAGGUCGAAGAAUUACCAACAGAAUUUACCAAACAGCUUGAGGACACUAAGACACAUGUGAAGGAGACAGUCACCCUCACAUGUGAGCUUAACAAACCGAAGAAAUCAGUCAAGUGGAUGAAGGACGGCAAACCUCUACGUCAGACGAGAAACAUCAAAUGUUCAGUAGAUGCUUAUACCCAUCAGCUUGUGUUUACAGAUAUAACUUUACAGGAGACAGGAACUUAUAGCUGUACAUGUGGCGAUGUAUCAACAUCAUGCACUGUCACAGUCGCAGAAGAACCAGUCAAGAUUACCAAACCUUUGACUGAUAGUGAAGUUGAUGAGAAAGAGGAAGUAACUCUUACAUGUGAAGUCAACAAACUUGGCAAGAAACCAGUCUGGUUCCUUGAUGAAGAGGAAAUUAAGCCUAAUGACAGGGUCAAGGUCACAUCAAGAGGACUGGUUCACAAACUCACAAUCCAAACCUCAAAACUUCAUGAUGAAGGAAAAUACACUGUGGCAUUUGAUGAUGUGAAAUCUACAGCUAAUCUCACAGUCAAACCAUUGCCUGUUGAGUUUAUUGCUCCAUUACAAGACUUGGAAAUUACAAAGAAAUCAUCAGUAGCUCUGGAAUGUGAAGUUAAUAAACCUGAUGCUGAAGCCACAUGGACUAAAGAUAACCAACCAAUCAGCAUUUCUGAUGGAUAUGACAUAAGACAUGAUCAAACAAGACAUUCCCUCCACAUCAAUGAGGCGAAACCAGAAGAUAGUGCAGAAUACACUGUUACUGUUGAUAAUAAAUCAAGCACAGCCACACUCAAGGUCAAAGAUGAGGAGGCAGUUGAGUUUACUGCACCACUAGAAGACAAGAAGAUCCAGGAAGGUGAAGAUGUCACUCUAGAGUGUACUGUAUCCCAGCCCGACCUUACAGCUGAAUGGAAGAAGGAUGGUUCCCCAGUGGAGGCCUCUGAGAGGAUCAAACCCAAGUCUGUAGACACCACUCACACUCUUCAUAUUGAAAACGUGAGUGCAGAGGAUUCUGGCGAGUACGAAGUCCAAGUCGGCGAUACCACAUCAAAGUCUUCUAUAGAAGUUGAAGAAACACCCCUUGCAUUCAUACGCAAGCUGUCAGAUAUUGAUGUUGGUGAAUUACCUGGUACCGCUACAUUUGAGUGCGAGCUCAACAAAGACAAUGUUGCAGUGAAAUGGUACCGUGACAACAAGUCCCUGGUUCCCAACAAGAAAUAUAAGAUGAUUGAUGAGGGGCCGGUACACAAGCUACAGGUCAAUGACAUUGAUGGUGAAGAUGAAGGCAAAUACUGGGUCAUUGCUGAUGGACUCAAAUCUGAAGCUUCCCUCUUUGUAGAAGUUCCGCCAGAAUUAUUCUUGGACAAGAAGUUUGAAGAAACUGUCACUCUUAAGCGUGGCCAAUCUACUGCAUUUGAGAUACCAUUCAAGGGCAGCCCGCAGCCAACAGUCACAUGGUUGUAUAAUGGAGGAGAUCUUCCAGACGCGAAGAGAAUGGAAGUUCAGACUAUUCGUAACAUGACCACCUGUCGACUUGGUAAAGUUAUUCGAACUGACGCAGGCGAAUAUACCCUCACUCUUGAGAACACUGUUGGCAAGACUUCACUGACAAUUACUCUCAAUGUAUUAGAUAAACCAUCUGCACCACAAGACGUAUCUGCUGACAAUGUCACAGCUGAGUCAUGCGACUUACACUGGCAACCACCAAAAGACAAUGGCGGCAGCGAUAUCAAACAGUACGUUGUAGAGAAACGUGAAGCCAACAGACGCUCCUGGAACAAAGUCAGCACAAGUGCUACUCUGGAAAUGACCAUUCCCAAAUUGACUAAGAAUAUACAGUAUGUUUUCCGAGUUGCCGCUGAAAAUGACGUUGGCAUCGGAGAAUUUGCUGAACUACCAGAACCAGUAACUGCUAAAGACACAUUCACUGUACCGGAUGCACCAGAGGCACCUAAAGUUAGUGAGGUACUGAAGAAAUCAGCUCUGGUUGCCUGGCAACCACCAACCAAUGAUGGUGGCUCACCAGUAAUUGGCUAUCAUCUUGAAAGAAAGACUGAUGUAGGCUCACGCUGGAUCAAGGUCACCAAGAAGCUUGUACCAGAAUUAAGCAUGCCUGUUAACGACCUUGAGGAAAGCCUUACAUAUCAGUUCAGAGUUAUUGCUGAGAAUAAAGCUGGACCAAGCAAACCAAGUGAGCCCUCACAACCAAUAACAGCAAAGGAUCCAUGGGACAAACCAUCUCGACCUGGUGUACCGGAAAUAAUGGGAACAGAUAAAUCAUCUGUUGCCCUCAAAUGGUCGCCACCUUCAACUGACGGUGGUGAUUCUGUAGAUUACAUCAUCGAAUAUCGCAGACAAGGUUCGUCCACUUGGAAACGUGCCAACAGUGUCCCGGUACAAGAGACAAAUUUCAGUGUACCAGGUUUGAAAGAAGGUGACGAAUAUGAAUUCCGUAUCACAGCUCAGAAUAAGGCAGGCUUAGGACCAUCCUCCGAAAUUUCACAGGCAGUGAGAGUGGAAACUCCUCUUGUUGGAGUACCACCCAAGAUUUUGGAACCUUUGAGUGAUGUUGUUGUUAUUGCACCUAAAGACGCCAUCUUAGAAUGUGAUCUUGAACUUGGCGAACCAGAAUCAGAUAUUAAAUGGUUCAAGGGCAAUAAGGAGGUUAAGAAGAGUCCAAAAUAUGAGAUGAGUUAUGAGGAUGAUAUUGCGGCCCUUGUGAUUCACAAGACUGAACCAGAUGACACUGGAACCUACAGUCUCCAGGCAACCAACCCACUGGGCAAGGUCAAAUCUGAAGGCAGUCUAGCUGUACAUACACAUCCUAAACUAGACUAUGAUAACAGACUUAAGGGAAUACAGAACAUCAAGGCUGGUACCACUCUCUCUCUGCCAGUCAACACAAGUGGAAUCCCCAAUCCAACCAUUGCAUGGUUCUUGGAUGAGGAACCAAUGGAGAAAUCAUCAAGGGUUACCAUAGAAACCACAGAUGACAAAACAACCUUGACGAUCAAGAACAGUACCAUAGACGAUACUGGUGUUUAUACAGUUGAGGCUGAGAACACUGUAGGAAAGGCAGUGGCUGACUUUGAUGUCAAUGUUAAAGACAAACCAUCCAAGCCACAAAAUCUGUCCGUAUCCGAGGUGAUGAAGGAUUCUAUUGUGUUGUCAUGGCAACCACCAACCAAUAAUGGUGGCAGUGACAUCACUGCUUACAUCAUCGAGAAGAGAGAUGCUAAGAGAAAUACAUAUACACAAGUUGAGAAGGUGACUGGAUUAACCAAUACAUACGCAGUACAGAAACUCCUUGAGGGUAAUGAAUAUUAUUUCCGGGUCUCGGCAGAGAAUGACAUUGGUAAAGGGGAACCAGCUGAAAUGGAGGCACCCAUCAUGGCCAAAUGUCCAUUUGAUGUACCUGAUUCACCCAAGCAUCUCCAGGCACCAGAGGUUACCAAAUCAAGCGUAACAUUGACUUGGGAGGUUCCACAGAAAGAUGGUGGCUCACCAAUUACUGGUUAUGUAUUGGAACGCUGCCAACUGCCUGGUUCCCGCUGGGUGAAGGCAAGCAAGAAACCAAUCUCAGACACAAUGUUCACAGUACCAGAUUUGUAUGAAAACACAGAAUACCAAUUCCGAGUUUCUGCAGUAAAUGCAAUUGGUGUUGGUAAACCAUGCGAGCCAACCAGUCCAAUCAAGGCCAAGGAUCCAUAUGACAAACCAAGUGCACCAGGUGUACCUAAUGUCACUGAGGUAACAAACACAACUGCCAAUCUGGACUGGACCCCACCUACAAAAGAUGGUGGUAGCCCAGUCUAUAACUAUUUGAUUGAAUACAAACCAGUCUCUGGUAAGAAAUGGCUCCCAGCUAACAAAGGACAGACUACGCCAGAAACCAGCUUUACUGUAACUGAUCUACCAGAAGGUGAAGUCUGUGAGUUCCGAGUGACUGCUGAGAAUAAAGCUGGACUCGGAAAACCAUCAGAUGUCUCAGAAAAGGUCACAGUGAAAGCUCCAGUUGUUGGAGAAGCUCCAUCUGUCCUUGAAGGACUUCCAGAUGUGUCAGUCCUACUUGGAGAAAACGCUUACAUAGAAUGUAAGAUAAGCGGGGAGCCAGAACCUACCAUUGCCUGGUUCCGUGAUUCUAAGGAAAUCAGAGAGAAUAAGAAAUACCAGUUUGACUAUACCGAUCUUGUUGCCUCCAUCAAGAUCAAUGAAGUUUCAGAGAAAGACGCCACUAGUAUCACCUGUGAAGCUUCUAAUGACCUUGGCUCUGUGAAAACAACAGGUCAACUUGAAGUUCAAGACAAACCUAAACUUGACUACGACAACAAGUUCCGUGAUAUUGUGACCUUGAACUCUGGCUCAACCUUGAAAAUACCAGUCAAGGUAUCUGGUCUACCCAAGCCUUCUGUGACUUGGAGCAAAGACGAAAAACCAGUCAGAUCCCAUGGACGCUUAACUCUUGACAUUAGUGAUAAAGCAACAACAUUGACCUUGAAAAAGGUCACAAGAGAGGAUGAUGGUCUAUACUCGAUCCUGGCUGAAAAUGAGGCUGGACAAGCUACAGCUAAAUUUGACAUUGAAGUUAUUGAUGUUCCAGAGAAACCAGAAAAUCUUACGAUUGAUGAAGUAACUCGUGACAGUGUUACAUUGUCAUGGCAACCACCAAAAGAUGAUGGAGGUACUGACAUUUUAUCUUACAUCAUUGAACGCAGAGAUCAAGGUCGUUCCAUGUGGAUGAAAGUCACGACAGUUGACGCUGCAGAAUUAUCUUACUGCGUCAAAGACCUUGUUGAAGGAAAGGAAUACUUUUUCCGCGUCUCUGCCAAAAAUGAAGUUGGAAUUUCGGAGCCAAUCGAAGUAGACAAAGCUGUUACCCCAAAGAGUGGAUUUGAAGUACCAUCAGCACCAGUAGGCCCUCUGGCUGUCUCUGACAUCACAGCUGACAGUGUCACGUUGUCAUGGCAACCACCAAAACAAGAUGGCGGCUCACCAAUCACAAAAUACCUUGUUGAGAAAUGUGACACAAAGAAAAUGUCCUGGAGCCCCGUUGCUGAGGUUGAUGCAAACACUUUAAAUCAGACAGUCGGAAAACUGAUGGAAAAUCAGCCAUACUUGUUCAGAGUGUCAGCCAUAAAUGCUGAAGGACAAAGUAAACCACUUGUGACUGACACAGAAAUUAAACCUAAAAAGCCAGCAGAAGCUCCAAGUAAGCCAGGCAGUAGUGUGACCUUCACAAAACCAACCAAAGACAGUGUUGUCCUAAACUGGACCGCACCAAAGAAAGAUGGCGGUGCACCAAUUAAAUCCUACAAGAUCGAAGUGUCAGAGGAUGGCAAAAUUUGGCGUGACUUGACAACAGCCAAUAAAUUAUCGACACAAUUCACGGUGAAAGAUCUUGAGACGGGAAAAGAUUAUUACUUCAGAGUCUCAGCUGAGAAUGAUGUUGGAUAUGGUGAAUGUGCAACAUCAGAAGUAUUUAAACCAGUUAAACCAAUAGAAGCUCCAGAGAAACCUGAGUCAGUAGAGGUUCUGGAUGUGCAAAAAACUACCGUGAAACUCCAAUGGAAACCCCCAACUUACGAUGGUGGUUCACCAAUUACUGGUUACAUGGUAGAAAAACGUGAUAUGAAGAGACCAACUUGGACAAAUGCUGGUAAAACAUCUAAAGACGUGACUGAGAUCACUGUUGACAAGCUUCUAGAGGGUUCAGAGUACUUGUUCAGGGUCAAAGCUGAGAACAAGAAAGGUCAAAGUGAACCAUGUGAGACCAAAGCACCUAUUGUUGCCAAGAGUCCAUAUGAUGUACCAUCUCAACCAGUUGGGCCUUUGCUCGUUGAUAAUAUCACCAAGGAGUCUGUUGAUCUGUCAUGGCAACCACCAACUUCCGAUGGAGGCUCACCAAUCAAAAACUACCUGAUUGAAUACAAACAACCAUCAAAAUCUAAUUGGGUAAAGGCAGGAACCACAGAUGGGUUGACAACAGAUUUUACUGUUGAAGGACUGAUGGAUGGAUUAGAUUAUGUGUUCCGUGUAUCAGCCAUAAAUGAGGAGGGUCAGAGUAAACCUCUCGAAACAGAAAAAUCGGUGAAACCACAAAAGAAAAUUGCUCCACCUUCUGCCCCAGAAGACCUCAAGGUUGUCAAAGUAGACAAAGAUUCUGUAACCAUUGAAUGGAAGAAACCUGCCAGCGAUGGUGGCUCUAAGCCCACUGCCUUUAUUGUCAGUAAAUGUGAGGCUAAAUCAGAUGAAUGGGUCAAGGUCACGACCUUGAAGCCACAAGAAAUGGUGUACAAGUUCAAGGACUUACCAGAGAAGAAGUUUUACUUCUCAGUAGCAGCAGAGAACGCAGCCGGUGUUGGUCCUGCAGCUGAAACACAGAAACCAGUGAAACCUGAGUACCCAUUAGGUCCACCAAGCACACCAGUUGGUCCACUAACAGCUUCCGACAUUGAUGGAACUGAGCUCACAUUGUCAUGGCAACCACCAGAACAUGACGGAGGUGCUCCACUCACCGGAUAUUUCAUUGAGAAACGUGAAGGUUUCAAACAAUUCUGGGGCAAGGUAGCUAGAAUACCUGCAGAUACAGAGACAUAUCAUGUGACCGAUUUAACUGAGAAUACAAACUACCUGUUCCGUGUGUCUGCUGAAAAUAAAGAAGGGUCGAGUAAACCAUUAGAGAUGAAAGAUUCAGUAACACUGAAGAGUGCCUACAAAGCACCAGACCAACCUGUAGGACCAAUCAAAAUCUCUGAUGUUACACAAGACUCGGCAACUGUAACCUGGAAACCACCACGUAACGAUGGCGGUUCCCCAAUCACUGGCUACAAUAUAGAGUACAGAGAAUCUCGCCGCGGUUCAUGGACCAAGGCUGGUUCUGUUGAUAAAGACACAACAUCAUGGACCCAGUCCAAGCUUCUGGAGGACAAUGAAUAUUUCUUCAGGGUCACGGCUGUCAACAAGAAAGGUGAAAGUUCACCACUAGAGGGACAGGAAACUGUUAAACCACUUAAACCUCUAGGUGCCCCAGGUAAACCCGAAGAUGUAAAGGUCAAGGAUGUCAAGAAUGAUACAGUGUUCUUGGCCUGGAAUAAACCAAAGGAAGAUGGCGGGUCUAAGAUUAACUCAUAUACUGUCCUUAUGAAGGAAGAUGAUGGUGAAUUCAAAGAAAUUGCAAAACUUAAAUCAUUUGACAAUGAGUAUAAAGUCAAAGGUCUUGAACCCGGCAAAAACUACAAGUUUGCUGUUAUUGCUGGGAACAAGGUUGGAGACAGUGAAGCUACUGAAACAACUACACCAACUGUUCUGAAAAAGAAAGCUACAAAACCAUCAGCACCAGUUGGACCAAUCGUAUUCUCCGAUAUUCAGAAAACUUCCGUUGUGAUUACAUGGAAACCAUGUGAGGAUGACGGUGGAGCCCCGUUGACUGGUUACUAUAUCGAAAUGAGAGAGGCAUCAAAAACAUCGUGGAGCAGGGUAACAACUGUAAAUGCUGAUAUAACAUCGUACUGUGUACAGAGAUUAAAGGACAGACAAGAAUACUUCUUCCGAGUAUUUGCUGAGAACAAGAUUGGCAAGUCAGACGCCCUUGUCUCUGAUGGUGUGACUGUCAAAUCACCAUUUGAUGUACCAGAUGCUCCUGAAGGCCCAGUAGAAUUCAGUGACAUCACCAAAGACUCUGUUACAUUGUCAUGGAAACCACCAAACAAAGAUGGCGGAUCAGAAGUGACAGGUUACGUGAUCGAACAACGUGACACACGUAGAUCAACAUGGACGAAGGCUGGUACAGUUAACGGUACAACUACAACUUACACAGCUACCAGACUGAUCGAAGACAACGAGUACAUAUUUAGAAUUACAGCAGAGAACAAGGAAGGUCCUAGUGCAGUCCUAGAAUCAUCACCAGUCAAACCUUGUAGACCUAAAGCUGUGCCAUCGGCACCUACACUUCUCACUGUACAAGACAGGAAACCAACCAAUGUGACCUUGACCUGGAAACCACCUAAAGAUGGUGGCAGUGACAAAAUGCAGGCUUAUCAUAUCUUUGUUCGUGAAGGUGAAGGCAAAUGGUUUGGGGUCGGCAAGGUCAAGGCAUUUGAUAUGGAAUAUAAGGUUGAUAACCUGAAAACAGAUAAACCGUAUUACUUUGCUGUGUGUGCAGAAAAUUCUGUUGGCAAAGGACCAUUGGCUGAGACAGACACACCAACUGUUCUGAAAAAACGAACAGUUGCCCCAUCACCACCAGUUGGACCAAUUGAAUUCUCCAACAUAACCUGUACCUCCGUCACUGUAACCUGGCAACCACCAGAGGAUGACGGAGGAGCAAAGGUCAAAGAGUACAUUUUGGAAGCUAAAGAAGUAACAAGAGCAUCUUGGUCUAAGGUGGCAACUGUUAGCUCAGUCAGUACAUCUUACGAUGCUGAGAAACUUAAAGACAAGCAAGAAUAUGUGUUCCGUGUCUCGGCAGUGAAUUCUGUUGGCCAAUCAGAGCCCUUGGUUUCAGACAAAGUCCAGUUGACCUCUCCAUAUGAUGUUCCAUCUAAACCUGUCGGACCAAUAAACGUGUCAAAGGUCACUGAGUCAUCUGCUACAUUGUCAUGGCAACCACCUGCCUAUGACGGAGGAGCACCUGUCAAACACUACAUCGUUGAAAGUAGAGAGGGUAUCUCUGGAAUUUGGAAAAAGGUGGCUGAAGUCCGUCCUACAGAAACAAAGUACAAGGCUGACACAUUGAGAAUUGGCAGUGAUUAUGACUUCCGCGUUAUAGCUGUCAAUGUCGAAGGUCCGAGUGAACCAUUACAAACCUCAGAACCUGUUGAAAUUAGGAAGAAAAUAGGUGAACCAGAAGCUCCUGCCACUCUCAAGGUCACAAAGGUGUCACCAGACUCAGCAGACCUCAAAUGGACGCCACCCACGAGUGAUGGUGGAUCAAAGGUCAAAGGUUAUCAUGUUUACAUGGCAACAAGCCCAGGAGAAUGGACGGAGGUUGGCCAGACAAAGAGUUUUGAUGAGAAGUUUACUGUACCAAAUCUGACAGAAGGUCAGUCAUAUUACUUUGCUGUGGCAGCAGAAAACGACGCUGGUGUUGGACCUAAGGAAGAACUUGACAAACCAGUUAUUGCCCAGAAACCUAAAGGAAAACCAUCAAUUCCAGAAAGUCCAUUUGAUGUUGUCAAGGUAACAGAGGACAGUAUCAAGUUCUCAUGGCAACCAAGCAAAACAGACGGAGGUUCUCCAAUCACAGCAUAUAUCCUCCAGAUGAGAGAAAGCUGGAAAUCAAAAUGGAGUGAAUGUGGAAACACUGAGCCCGACACAUGUGACUUCACUGCAAAGAAGUUGAAGGACGGAGAAGAAUAUUUCUUCCGUGUUUGUGCAGAAAAUGCAGUUGGACAAUCUGAUUUCUUAGAAAUGCCUAAAGCAAUAAAGGCAGAAAAACCAAAGACUGCACCAAGUCCACCACAGAACGUCAAAGUUACCAAAGUAUUGACUGAUGGAACAGCCAACUUUGAAUGGAAAGCUCCUGCUGAUAAUGGCGGAUCCAAAAUACACCACUACCAUGUGUACAUUAGUCACGAGGGUAAGGAUGACUGGAAGGACGUAGAAACUACUGAUGCAUACAAACUCAACUCUCAGGUUAAAGACUUGAAGUAUGAAAAGAAUUACAUUAUUGCUGUCACUGCUGAAAAUGAUGUUGACGAAAGUGAAAUGGCAAUGAUUUCUGAGCCGAUAAAGAUUGACCGACCAAGAGACGUUCCCUCGCCACCAGUUGGACCAGUUGUGUUCUCAAACAUAAAUAAGACAUCAGCAACUAUGAGCUUUAAGAAGAGUAAAAGUGACGGAUACUCACCAAUAACGCACUAUAUUGUAGACGUUAGAGAGAAAUUCAAGCGUACAUAUACCCACAUGACUGAUAUCCGUGCUGAUCAAGAAUUAACUUGUGAACUCACAAAUCUGACAGAGGGACAAGAAUACCAGGUUCAAAUAAGGUCGGUAAACUCUGUUGGCACAUCUAAACCAUUGGAGUCGGACAAUACUGUCAAGCCCAAGAGCCCAUACAGUCCACCAUCUGCACCAAGGAAUGUCAAAACAAGUGACAUUACCACAAGCGGAGGUGUGCUUGAUUGGAAAGCACCGGAGAAAGAUGGUGGCGCCCCAAUUUCUAAAUAUUAUGUAGAAAAACGUGAAAAGACUUACGGCUCAUGGAAACCGGAAGGUACAGUUGAAGCACCAACAACAAGCCUGGAGUUGAAACGGCUACAGGAAGGUGUGGAAUAUUACUUCAAGGUGUGUGCAGAAAAUGAAGCUGGCAAAGGCCCAUUUUCUGACAUGGUUGGACCUGCAAAACCAGAAAAAGAAAAAACUGUCCCUGACAAACCAGUUGGACCAAUCAAAUUCAAAGACAUUGACGCCACCAGUCUCACCCUGGAAUGGCAGCCUCCUAAAAACGAUGGCGGCUCAAAAAUAAGUGGAUACAAAAUUCAGGUUACCACCGAUCAGAAGGUAUGGACGGAUGUAACAAUAUCCCAGAAGACAGUAUACCAAGUGACUCAGCUAACAACUGAUCAGUCAUAUAGAUUCAGGAUCUAUGCUUUCAAUGACAUUGGUGAAAGCAAGCCUCUGGAUUCAGAUGAAGUUAUCUGCACUAUACCUAAAGGUAAACCAGGCCGACCAUGUGAGCCUAUUGAGACUAAGCCAUUAACCAAAGAUUCUGUAGAGUUGUCAUGGCAACAACCAGAACAUGAUGGUGGACACCCAAUCACUGGUUAUAUCAUUGAAAAACGAGACAAGUCAUACACACGUUGGACUCACCACGAGAAGACAGCAGACGCUAAUACGUCGACCAUCUUGAAACGUCUUCAGACUGGUUCUGAGAUGUACUUCAGAGUGGCGGCUGUAAACAAACUUGGCGCUGGUGAACCACUUGAAAUGACUAAACCAAUCACAAUCAAGAGUCCAUAUGAUGUACCAUCUGCUCCAGUUGGACCGCUAGAGAUUUCAGAUGUUACUGAAAAUAGCUGCCUACUCAAAUGGAAACCCUCUGAAAAAGAUGGCGGCAAACCAAUCACCAAAUAUGUGAUUGAAAUUCGUGAAUCUCGCCGAAGCAUGUGGAGCCAGUGUGGUACAGUGGAACCCAACGUUACUAAAUUUAGCCCAAAGAACAUAAUGAUCGGAAAUGAGUAUUACUUCAGAGUGAAAGCUGUUAAUGAUGAGGGAGAAAGUGCACCUCUUGAGGCGCAAGAACUGGUUGUUCCAAAGAAAAAGAUUGAACCACCAAGUAGCCCCCAGAAAUUGACAGUUGAUCGUGUCACAGACAAGGAUGUCAGUGUAACUUGGCGUGCACCAAAGUCCGACGGAGGUGCUCGUAUAAAACAGUACAAGAUUUACAAGAAAUCUGACAAACCAGGCAGUGUAUGGACCGAUGCUGGAACUGUUGAUUCAUUUAAAACAAACGCUACAAUCACGGGACUCUCACCUGAUGAGAAAUACACAUUUGCUGUAAUGGCCGAGAAUGAAAUGGGUCUUGGAGAAAUGGCUGAAACUGAUCGACCAACUGUUCUUCAGAAACCUCUCACUCCACCUUCUGCCCCAGAAGGACCAAUGGAAAUCAAGGAAUUGACUAAAAAUAGCGCAACCUUGACCUGGAAGGAAAGCAGCGAAGACGGAGGUUCACCAAUCACCCAUUACCUGGUUGAACAACGUGAAGCCUGGAAAACAACAUGGACAUAUGUAGAAAAGAAGAAGGCCCCAGCAACGUCUCACAAAUUUACACGUUUGACCGAGGGUGCUGAAUACAUAGUACGAGUAAAAGCUGAAAAUAAGAUAGGACAGUCAGAACCACUGGAAAGUGAGAAAUUCACACCAAAGAACCUGUUUGGCCCGCCCUCAGCUCCUAAAGGCCCACUUGCAGUGUCAGAUCUAACAGCCAACUCUUGCAAACUCUCCUGGAAGGCCCCUGAAAGUGACGGCGGAAAACCACUCAAACAUUACAUUAUUGAACGUCGUGACUCUAAACGUUACACCUGGACUGAGGUAGAAACAGUCAGACCGAAGCAGACAUCUGUUGAUGUGUCUCGUCUUAUCGAAGGUGUAGAAUAUGACUUCCGUGUGUUUGCUGAGAAUGAGGAAGGCAGAAGCCCGGCUCUUGAAACUAAAGACAAGAUUCUGUGCAGAAAAUCUGCAUCAAAACCAGAUACCAUCAGUGGAAAACUUCGUACAAGCGACCUUGGCCAGGAUUCUGUAAAAUUGUCAUGGCAACCACCACUAGAUGAUGGUGGUUCACCAAUCACUCGCUACAUACUUGAGUCACGUGACAUUGGAUCUCGAGACUGGAAACCAUUAACAGAUCUUCCAGCUAAAAACAACGAAUAUGUCGUGAAAGAUCUUGUUGAGGGCGAAGAGUACGAAUUUAGAAUAAUGGCGGAAAAUAGCGUUGGUCGUAGCAAACCUGUAGAGACGGAUUCUCCUGUAAAACCAUACAGAGAUCUUGAAGCUCCAGGCUGCCCAACAGGACCUCUGGUAUCUAGCGACCAAACUAAGGACUCGCUGACAUUGUCAUGGAAACCACCAAAAUAUGACGGAGGCUCACCAAUCACUGGUUACAUGAUUGACAGAAUUGACCUUGAUCAAGGUGGUUGGGUACACAGUGCACGUCUGCCUGCAGAUGCCACCUCUCAUACUAUAGGAAAUCUUGCCAAAAACCAUCGUUAUAACUUCAGAGUUUAUGCACAAAAUAAAAUUGGAACAAGUGAACCAAUUGAACUGUCUGAAGCUGUUAAACUCACCAGUGGCAUAGAUGUGCCAUCUGCUCCAGAGAAACUGAAGGUGAAGGACUUCACCAACGAUUCUAUCAGUAUUCAAUGGUCUGCCCCUACCUCAACAGGUGGCGCACCAAUCACUGGAUACACAAUUGAGAAGCGUGACAUGAGUCGCCAGCAGUGGAGCAGAGUUGAUGGUGUUGACAAAAAGCAGACGUCAUACACUAUUCCUAACCUCCUGGAAGGAAGACCUUACUUGUUCCGUGUCAUGGCUGAGAACUCUGAAGGACUUGGAGGACCAGCCGUCCUUGAAAAUCCAGUCGUACCAGAACAAGAAGUCUCUGCACCGAAUGCCCCUGAACUUCUUGAGGUAACCAGUCUUGAGAAAGACUCAGCCUCCAUUCGCUGGAAGAGACCAAAGUUUGACGGAGGAGCCCAAAUAACAAACUAUCUUAUAGAAAAACGUGAAGAAUUUAAAGAUGACUGGACCAAGGUCAAACAAGUUGACAAUUUCCAGUUAAACUAUCAAAUAAGAGACCUGGUACCAGACAAAAAAUACUACUUCCGGGUCACUGCUAAAAAUAGCAUAGGUCUCGGAGAACCAUGUGAAUUGCAGGAACCAGUCGUUCCAAGCAGACCAGCUGAUAAACCAGGUAAACCUACAGGACCAUUAGAAGUUAGUGACAUCACUGCUGACCAUGUCAGAUUGUCAUGGCAACCACCAGAAUAUGACGGAGGUUCACGUAUUACUGGCUAUCUUGUUGAAAAGUCAGAGGCUAGGCGCCCCAAAUGGCUACGUGUUGCACGUGUUGGACCCUCAGAUUUAUCUGCUGAUUUGGAUAAUCUUGUAGAAAAUACAGACUAUUAUUUCAGAGUAAUUGCUGAGAAUAAGAUGGGAGUUAGCUCCCCUCUGGAGACAUCCAAACCAGUGAAACCAGUCAGUCCAUACAAUCCACCAAGUGCUCCUGUUGGACCAAUCAAAGUACUGCAAGUAACCCGUGACUCAGCAACCAUUCAGUGGGAACCACCCACUUCAGAUGGUGGCACUCCAAUAAAAAAUUACCUUGUUGAGAAACGUGAGGGCACUCGCAGAUCUUACAUUCACAUCGGCAAAACAGAUGCUGACCGAAGCAAGAUAACGGUUUCCGGCUUGAGAGAGGAUACUGAUUAUCACUUUAAGGUGAUGGCUGAGAAUAAAGUGGGAAUAAGUCCUGGUCUAGAGACCGUGGAACCAGUUGUACCAAAGAGGAAAUACGAAGUACCUCAGCCUCCAAAUGCCCUCCGAACAUCUGAUGUUGGUAAAAACUCUUUGACACUAAAUUGGGAGCCCCCAUACGGUGAUGAUACCAUAACCGGAUAUAUUCUAGAGAAGAGAAAAGAACAUACUGAUGAAUGGUCACGUAUAGCACGCGUACCUGGUAAAGUUCGCACCCAUCAUGUGACUGGACUUACAGCAGGUGGCGCUUUCCAUCUGCGUGUAUCUGCGGAAAAUCCUGCUGGAAUCAGUGAACCUACAGAGCUUCCAGUAGUAGUAGAACUCAAAGGCAGAAAAGAAAAACCAGGAGCACCUACAAGAGCCCCUGAAAUUUUGGAAGUAGGACCCAGAUUCUGUGAGUUGUCAUGGGAACCCCCAGCAACUGAUGGAGGUUCACCAAUCACUGGGUACCAGGUUGAACGUGCUGACCUUUCUGGCACACGCUGGAUGCCAGUAAACAAGACUCCAGUCAAGGACACAAAGCUGAAACUAAAUGACCUAAUGGAAGACAUACCGUAUACGUUCCGUAUUCGUGCCGAGAACCGAGAAGGUGCCGGAGAACCGUCGCCAGCUUCUGAACCAGUCUACUGCAGUGAUAGAAUAGCUACUGCCCCACCUAAAUUUGUCAAGGACAUUAAUGACCUCACUGUUUGUGAGGGCACUGACGCUGUGUUUACAUGCGAGAUCACUGGCAUGCCUCGUCCCGAGGUCACAUGGUACAAGAAUUACCGUGAGAUCUUCAGUGGCCAAAAGUAUCAAGUAAAAUCAGAAGGCACAACUUACACGCUCAUUGUUAAAAUGACCGAGGAGACAGAUAUUGGUGGUAUUGAAUGUUACGCCAAAAACAAGUUCGGUUCAGUGACAUCAAGAGCUACUUUAGAUGUUGAUGCUCCGCCAAAAUUCCAAGAUGUACCUUUACGAUACUCUGAGGGCCUUAAGUUUGGAUGUGGAGACACAAUCCAUGCCCGUCUUAUGUUUACUGGCAGACCCGCACCAAAAGCUUCUUGGACACGUGAGGAGAAGACAAUUAAAUCAACAAAGAGAACAGAAAUAAAGAGCACCAAUCGUCACAGUAUUAUAACAAUAAAUGAUGCUGAGAGAACUGAUAGUGGUCUUUACAGACUCACCAUCGAGAAUAAACUUGGCAAAGACUCCGUUGAAUUUUCUGUAGCUGUCAUAGAUCGUCCUAAACCACCUCAAGGACCAACCAAAAUUGAGAUGACAACUAAACAUUCGGUUGAUCUCACUUGGAGAGAACCAGCUGACAACGGUGGUUCCGAUAUUACCGGAUAUAUCAUUGAGAAAUGUGACAUGACAACAAACAUCUGGCGUCGUGCCACAACAUCAAACACAACGUCUACAACUGUCAGCUGUCUGGAAGAGCACAAGGAGUACAAGUUCCGCGUUAUUGCGGAAAAUCUGGUCGGCAUCAGUGACGCAGGACCGGAAUCAGAUAUCGCUGUGACCAGAGAGCAGACCCCUGACAUUGAUUAUGAUGAAUUAUAUGAUUCUACUUUCCGUGGCAGCAAAGUUGACAUUGGUAAGAUCCGUGGAGACGUUCUUGGCAAAUACAUUAUCUGUGAAGAACUUGGUCGUGGAGCAUUUGGUGUUGUGCACCGUGCUAUAGAGCGUGCCACAAACAAGAACUGGGCGGCAAAGUUUAUCCACUGUAAGCCACAGGAGAAGGAGAAUGUUAGACAUGAGAUAGACAUUAUGAACAGUCUACAUCAUUCUAAACUGAUGCAACUUCACGAGGCAUUUGAUCAAGCUGGAGAAAUGGUCAUGAUCCUAGAAUUGUUGAGUGGUGGAGAACUGUUUGACCGUCUGGUACAACAAGAAUAUGACUUCACAGAACAAGAUUGUAUCACAUACAUGAGACAAAUCUGCCAGGGUGUACGUCAUAUGCAUCAGCAAAAUAUUGUACAUCUUGACUUGAAGCCUGAGAAUGUAAUGUGUGUCACUAAAGACAGUACAGAUGUGAAGAUAAUUGACUUUGGUCUUGCUCAGAGUCUAGAAGAGGGAAAAUCGGUCAAAGUUCUGUUUGGAACAGCAGAGUUCUGUGCCCCUGAAAUCAUAAACUACGAGCCUGUAUCAUUCUCAGCCGACAUGUGGUCACUCGGUGUCGUCAGCUACGUGCUGUUGAGUGGUUAUUCUCCUUUUGCUGGAGACAAUGAUCAUGAGACAUUCUCCUUCAUCAACAACGUCGACUACGAUUUUGAUGACGAGGUUUGGGAGAAUGUGUCCGAGGACGCCAAAGAUUUCAUCAAGAAACUUCUCAGCAAGGAUAAAUAGUA